UAGUGUCUCAGGUUACAUUGGUAUUUGGCUCCAGCACAGAACAUCAGACACACUAACACAUACACACAGCUGAAGGACACAGAGGACAGAAAGGAGCAACUGCGUAAUAGAGGGUGUAUUCAUGUGUAGGCUGUAGAUCUAAGAAGGGGAAGAAGUAGCAGGUGAGCUGCUAGUGUAUCUGUUCCAUUUUCUGUAUGUCUGUGUAACAUUGUAUAUGGCAGGCAACCGGGCAAUUUUUGGUGUGCAUAAAAGUUCGGCUUGUUGCUUUCCCUGUUUUAUAUCUAUUUAUAACCAUCUGUGUACAGUAUCCAAGAGCUGUGUGUCUGGAUCUGUCUGCUUAGUACAGCCCGGGUUACUCAGUAAAGUAUGUAUUUUCAGGGAUUCAUCGGGGGAUUGCAAAUUUAGCACCAAUACAGCUGAGAUUUUGAUUUUUUUUUCACAGUUCUGUUGUGUUGGCCUAGCACUUGAAAUUCCCUGGUGAAUUCCUGAAAAUCAACGGUUUAGUGAAUAGUCCAAACACCAGAGUGUAUUGUAACUUACUGGGUUUUUGUCUAUUUUUAUGUGCAUUUGUAUCAAAUCUCACAUUUUACUGUAUUUGUGUAACAUAUUUUGCUCACCUAAGAAUCCAUUACAGCUGUUGCUUACUUCUCAUUGUCUGUGUUAUUAACUGGGUGUAUUUAUAAACAGGACCCCCAUCUCUUCUACGUUUGUCAUCGUUUACUUGUAUGUGUUUUUACCCUUUGUACUGUGCUGUAGAAUAAUGAUCCUUUAAAAUUCUGCUUGUAUUAAAUAGCUAGCAGGUAAAUUGUUGGAGACACUGUAUCGGAUGAAUCCACGAGGUUAAAUAAAACACACCAUGCAAUAAUGUCUGAGAUGUAUUGCUCAGUUUUAUGGAUAAAUUAAAAUAGUAUUGUGUAGCUUACAUCUAUGUCCCAAAGCUGAGAUAUAAAACUCAUUAAAACAUUCCAUUUUCCCUUCGCACCAGGAGACAAACAAAAUGCUUAUUGUUUUGUUAAUGCUGGUAUGAACAUUGUUUCGUGAUGUCUGUAGGACCAGAUUUAUUUUUUGUGCAAUGUAAAAGAACAUUAUUUCAGUUUCUGGAAAGUGAAUGUACAAUAUUAAACUAUGACUCACCCAGAAUUCAUCAAUGUGUGGUACAGCUGCACACCUCCCUACAUUCCCGAGUUCUGUGGGACAUUCCCAAUUUCAGGGUCCAAACCUACUGUCCCAAGUUUGUUCCAUAGUUUGCCCUUGGUGGGCUGGCCUGCUUGAUUGGCAGACUGACCUGCCAAUUCUCCAGGCAGAUCCAAUAUCAUCUGUAUGCUGAUGACACUCAGAUAUACCUCUCCUCCCCGGACCACUCCCCUGCCUUCCUGCAAUGUGUCACUACUUGCCUUUCUUCCAUCUCUGAUUGGAUGUCCUUCCACUUUUUGAAACUCAAUCUCUCUAAAACUGAACUCCUUGUCUUUCCUCCUCCUAAUACUGAUCCCCCUCUUUUGCUCUACCUUCAAGUGAGUGGUACCCAUAUCAGUCCAUUAUUAUUACCAAAUCCUGUAGAUUCCACAUGAAAAAAAUAGCCUGCAUCCACCCUUUCUUACGUAAGAUGCUACUAGGGAGCUUGUCCAUGCUCUAGUUAUCUCUUGGAUGGAUUAUUGCAACUCUCUCCUAAUUGUUCUUCCCACAAGUCGUAUUGCCCCGCUACAGUCUGUAAUGAAUGCUGCAGGUAGACUGAUUUUCCUCUCCUGUCGCUCCUCUCACACCUCUCCCCUCUGUCAGUCCUUACAUUGGCUUCCUGUAUCCUAUAGGAGUCAAUUCAAGGUACUAAUCCACACCUAUAAAGCACUGACCAAUUAUAGCUCCUCCUAUAUUUCUUCACUGAUCCGCAGGUAUGCCCCUUCUUGUCUCUCCACUCUGCCCGUGACCUUCUCCUUUCCAUUGUACGCACCCGUACAGCCAACCCAUGCUUGCAGGACUUCUCACGGGUGGCUCCUUUCCUUUGGAAUACUCCUGCCUAUGACCAUCAAGCUCUCCCCUAGUCUUCAAUCAUUUAAAAAGUGCCUCAAAUCCCAUCUCUUUAGGAAAGCUUAUGGCUUCCCACAGUAACCUCUACCUCACAUAUCUGUCCCUUGCUCUCUCCUAAAGGGCAGCACACCAUUCUCUCCUCCUCUCCUCUAGCCUGGCUCAAACAGGGCCCAAUUGGACGGACGGACAGAUGGACACUCACUCUCUCGCCAGCCAGCCAGCACCCAGGCAAACUCUGCCUCCCCUCCCCCCAUACAGCACUCAAUCUCCUACACACACAUACAACACUCAGUCGCAUACAUAAACACAACAUACACAAACAGAGCCCAGGGACCUAGGAGUGAUCUUCAAUCUGGCUUUGUGUCUAGGUCCUAUGCAAACUUAGUCCGGUUCUGCAUAGAUGUAUUUAUAUAUAAACACAGGAUCUAAUAUAACUUUUAUUAUUUAUUAUUUUCAUUGUUGUUAGUAUGUGUUUAUUAUUAUAAUUUUUUUGUAUUCAUAUAUAAUGUUCUUUGCCUGAUGCAUUGGUCUUAAAAUGUCUGAUGUUGUCUGUAUAUUCCACCUUCAGUGAUUAUAUUAUUAAUACAAGUUAGUUUACAGUACAGUACAUUACUGUUUUGUGUUAUAUUUCAUCAACAAAUACAGUAUGGCUAAAACAAAAACAAAGCAAAAUGUGAACUUUCUUAACCUUGUAAAUGUAGCUGAUUUAUGAAAAAACUUUGCCAACCAUAUAUAUUUACAGUAAGGGGGGAAAGUAUUUGAUCCCCUGCUGUUUUUGAACGUUUGUCCACUGACAAAGAAAUGAUCAGUCUAUAAUUUUAAUGGUAGGCGUAGUUUAACAGUGAGAGACAGAAUAACAAAACAAAAAAAACAAAAAUCCAGAAAAAUGCAUGUCAAAAAAGUUGUAAAUUGAUUUGCAUGUCAAUGAGUGAAAUAAGUAUUUGAUCCCCUAUCAGUCAGCAAGAUUUCUGGCUCCCAGGUGUCUUAUACAGGUAACGAGCUGAGAUUAGGAGCAGAAGGGAGUUCUCCUAAUCUCAGCUCGUUACCUGUAUAAAAGACACCUGUCCACAGAAGUAAUCAAUCAAUCAGAUUCCAAACUGUCCACCAUGGCCAAGACAAAACAGCUGUCCAAGGAUGUCAGGGACAAGAUUGUAGACCUACACAAAGCUGGAAUGAGCUACAAGACCAUCGCCAAGCAGUUUGGUGAGAAGGUGACAACAGUUGGUGCGAUUGUUUGCAAAUGGAAGAAACACAAAAUAACUGUCAGUCCUUCUCGGUCUGGUGCUCCAUGCAAGAUCUCACCUCGUGGAGUUUCAAUGAUCAUGACAAGGGUGAGGAAUCAGCCCAGAACUACACAGGAGGAUCUUGUUAAUGAUCUCAAGGCAGCUGGUACCAUAGUCACCAAGAAAACAAUUGGUAACACUCCGUGAAGGACUGAAAUCCUGCAGCGCCUGCAAGGUCCCCCUGCUCAAGAAAGCACAUGUAUAGGCCCGUCUGAAGUUUUCCAAUGAACAUCUGAAUGAUUCAGAGGAGUACUGGGUGAAAGAGCUUUUUGGCAUCAACUCAACUCGACGUGUUUGGGGGUGUUUUUCUGCUAAGGGGACAUGACAACUGCACUGCAUCAAAGCGACGAUGGACGGGCCAUGUAAUAUCAAAUCUUGGGUGGGAACCUCCUUCCCUCAGCCAGGGCAUUGAAAAUGGGUUGUGGAUGGGUAUUCCAGCAUGACAAUGACCCAAAACACACAGCCAAGGCAACAAAGGAGUGGCUCAAGAAGAAGCACAUUAAGGUCCUGGAGUGGCCUAGCCAGUCUCCAGACCUGAAUCCCAUAGAAAAUCUCUGGGGGGAGCUGAAGGUUCGAGUUGCCAAACGUCAGCCUCAAAACCUUAAUGACUUAAAGAGGAGUGGGACAAAAUCUCUCCUGAGAUGUGUGCAAACCUGGUGGCCAAAUACAAAAAAAAUCUGACCUCUGUGAUUGCCAACAAGGGUUUUGCCACCAAGUACUAAUUCAAAGGGGUCAAAUACUUAUUUCACUCAUUGACAUGCAAAUCAAUUUAUAAUUUUUUUGACAUGUGUGUUUCUGGAUUUUUUGUUUUGUUAUUCUGUCUCUUGCUGUUAAAGUACACCAACCAUUAAAAUUAUACACUGAUCAUUUCUUUGUCAGUGGGCAAACGUUCAAAAUCAGCAGGGGAUCAAAUACCUUUUUCACCCACUGUACAUAUAUAAAAAAAAAUACACAUUUUUUCUUGUUGCAUGUUUGUUGCCAAGUACAGUAAGCGAUACUAUCACCAUCUGGGGCAUUUGCAUAAUUUUAAAUAUACUUUUACAGCAAUAUCGCUGCUAUGAGUCCGGUGACUGAGGGCGUCAGGUACGGGUGAGUUUAACUUACCUGAACCUGUUCCGUGCGGGCACUGCCAUCUUCUUCUGGCCUUUCCUCUUCUGCAGCCAACAUCACUGCUGUACUUUUGCACACGUGUGAGAAUACAGCAUUGAGGGCUAUGAAAGGUCCCGCAAAACUGCGAUCCUCAAUAGACCGAGCCAAUUUCCUGCAAUAGAGCGUCCAGUGUCUAAAACUGUCACACUUAGGGAAAAAACUGAGACAAAGUAGUCCCUACUUUUUCUCAGUAUAUCUUUUGACUGGGUUAGUAUUUAAGUGAGAUUUUAUCCUUAUGACCGUACCGCUUUAACCCCUUAAGGACCAAACUUCUGGAAUAAAAGGGAAUCAUGACAUGUCACACAUGUCAUGUGUCCUUAAGGGGUUAAACGGACUAACCAUUAUUGUUGGAGUCUGUGGUGCUAGGUGCUGUACCUCCAGUUUUUGUCAAACUAUUUUCAGGCUGUGAGACUUCCUCAUUUUUGAUCAAAGUUAAAUGUCUUUGAUGACUUUAUUCAUUGAAAUUCUUCUUUAUAUAAUUGCUUUAAACCAGUCAUUGUAUGAACAAGCUCAGAAUAUACGAGCAGCUGUAUAGAUUGUGAGAAAUUUAAACUUCUAAGCUUUCAUAUUUUUGGUAGAUUACUGGAACACUUUGACAAAUCUGUAGAGACUGCACCCAUAACCUACUUUCAUUUUGAUUAUUUUAUUUCUAAAUAUUUAUUUAAUGCUUACCCUUAUACUAAUAUAUAUUGUACAUAUAUGUGUUGUAUAUUGUAAAAAAAUAAUCCCAUUAAGGGGUUCUGGUUUGAGAUAGCAUUAAUGUCCCCCAGGUUUGGUUGUUAGGGUUAAUCUAGAAUUAUGGUUAGGACUAGGCUUAGUGUUAAGGUCAUAUAGGGGUUAAUGACCUUAACACUAAGCCUAGAGUUAGAAUGCUUAGUUAAUGUUCAGUGAACAUGUGUAGUGGUUUAGUGUAGGGAAUAAUGCUUAGUAAUAAUUUUAUGAAGUAUAAGAGUUAAUUCUUAGUGAUAAGGUAGUGCAUUUGUUAAGGAGAGGUACUUACAAUAAAUGCAGUACUGGGAUAUAUAUGUCCACAUGCUGCCCAAGAUCAGUGGGAGUUCUGGUCCGAGGUACAAACGUUGUCAUCUCCUGAUGUUUAUAUGGAGUAUAACUCCCACUAAUCUCAGUCGGUCCUGGACAUGUUAAGUUAGUUUUGCCUGAGAUUCGGUGCUCCGAGCUGCAUGGAGCAUUAUUCCCUGCUCAUUACGCUGUAACAUCAUAGUGCAGUCUUGGUAUGAAUGUAACAGAUCAUAUACGUACCGUAUUUAUGCAUUUGUCUUGCUUCCUGCACAUAAACAUUUAGCACUUUUAUUAGAAUUAGGGGAAGGAGAGUUAUAAAUAUAGAGUUAUUAUGAACAAAAAUUUAAAUGUGGAACCAUCACCAUGGAAACCAAUAUACGCUCCAGCUGAUUGCUCAAUGUUUACAUAUAUGUACAAUGUACAGUAUAAAGAAAAAGGUUACUUGCACACUUUCUCAAAUCCCUAUAUGCACAUUUAAAUAACUGGAGCUUUUUUAAGUAUAACUCCAAUGGCCAUGAAAGUGUGUGCUCACCUGCCAUGUCAAGGUAAAACCUAUUAGCUAAGUCUUACAAUAACAAAUCACCUUGCUGCUUUCAGCUAAAAGAUAAAAUCUAUAAAGUGAUUGAGAGGGGCAAUCUGCUAAACCCCUACACACUUCACGCUCCAUGAAUAUCUGUUUCUUUACACACAGACAUGUCUUCAAGAUUAUUAACUAUUAAAUCUUUUAAAUGUUCUGCUAUUACGAUCUUGAAUUUAAACUAUUCCUCCUAUUUCCAUCUUGGAUUCAGCUCCCCGCCUCCCGUCUCUACCUCACCUUUCACACACUUGGGCAUCAUCCAAGUUUUUACUUGAAAAUAGACCCAGCAGUCAGGAGGAAGGGGGAGGAGGUUAAAGGGAAAUUAAUGAGUCUGUUGGGACACAGUUUGAUGACAUAAUUGAGACAGGUUAGAAAGGAAUAGCAAUAGUACAUAACAAAUGUAUUGUUGUAACCAUAUGUCACAUUCCUUGUAAGAAUACAUUUUAACACCUGCUAGACUUUUUUUUUUCUCUAAAGUGGGAAUUUGUCAGAAAUUCAAAGUAAAUUCAAAUUUUAAGGCCAGAAUAGUCAAACUGAAAAUAUUGCUGAUUUGGAGAAUUUUUCAAAUUCUACUAUUUUGGCCUAAACUUUUAAAUUCCCAGUGAACUCUUGCUAAUUCACACUUUUGUGAAUAACCUUGUUUAGUUUUCCAGUUCGUUAAAUACUGGAAUUAAUGUUGAAAAAUCAUAGGGCCCAUCAUUUUCGGUGCAAGGAAGGUCAAUAAUAAAAUGCAACAUAGUGGCUCCCAUGUAGAUUCUAUCCUAUCUUUACGGAUCCAUAGGGUAAAACAGACUUUUUGUUUUAGCAGGUCUUCCUGCUAUACUUAUGAUUGCUGAUAUAGCCAAAGUGAAUAUCCUAACACUAUCAAACCCUGUGUUACAGGUCCCAACAUGGCAGAGGCUCACCAAGCGGUAGCCUUUCAGUUCACUGUUACUCCCGAUGGAAUUGAUCUUCAAUUGGGUCGCGAUGCUCUACGACAUCUGUAUCUCACUGGACUGGUAGAAAUAAGAAAACGUCUAAUCAGACUUAAGGUGAUUCAAAAGAGACAGUGACAUUUUAUAUUUACAUUUUAUUAAAGUAGAAGCUGAGGCGCUCUCGUUAAUUUGCAAUAUUGUACAAAUCAAUUAAAUUCAUUAUGAUCUGAUUAGAGAAAAUAAUAAUAAUAAUUUAUUCAGCUUCCGUACAUGUCGCUGUAGACAUUGCAGAGUGCAAAGAAUAUUUAGGUUAAUGUAUUGUAUUGGUAGGAGAGCUGGGCAAAUGCUUAUUUAUUCCUAAUUGUAAUCAACAUACUUUUACAGGUGCUACUUCUCUUGUUUUCAUUAUGGUAUACUGUUUAAAAGUUUUUUUUAUUAUUUUUUUAAAUAAAUACAUUUUAUUAAAAGAAAAUAUUAAAUAAAAUCUUUGAAAUUACACUUCUUUAUCCUGUAACUGGAUGUGUCCAUCUUAUCUCCAUGUCAUCAUUGUUAUAGGCUCUGUCCUUUAUACCUGCAGUCACCAUAGAGAAAGCAUAUAGCGAAAAGGAAAUUGUAUAACAAUGAAAUGUUGGGCAAUCAUCAUCAAAAUCAGAGGAACCAUCAAGCUAAUUCCAUUUACAUCUUGCACCACUUUUUCAAACAUAAGCUCCACUUUAUCUAUUUAUCUUCUUCAUUGCCGUGUUUACCUUGAUUUUGCCUUGUCUGAACUGGAUUAUGAUCUAAUCUAAUCUAAAAAUAAAUAUAGAACACAAUGGAGUAUCUCGUAAAAAAGGUUUACAUAGGUUAUAGGCGAUUGUUAAAGUUUUAUUCAUGGUGUGAAUUCCAUAGAUGAAAUAUUGUUCCCCUUUAAGUUGUACUCUAUAUUUUGACAUAUUGCACAUUACUAGGACGAGCAAUAACCAUGGGUUUUACAUCCCUUGCAAUAUCUCAUUUACGUAUAAAAAAAAAUAUAUUUAAUUAUUAUUGAGAGGGGCCUGUCAUCGCUGCUGGAAAUGUAUAGGACAUUGUUUUUCUGAUUAUAUUAUUAUCUUUAACACAUUUUAUGUGAGUGCAGUUAUUUUCGCUAUCUGUAUUUAAUAACGCCUUCCAGUGCUCUUUAUGUAUGCACAGUAAUUUCACAUGAUAACCGUGGAAAAGUAAGCCAUCUGUAACUGGCACAAAUCCCAGGGGCAUGCUUGGAGGAGGUUUUAUUGAGUAGCAGAACAUCAUGUCACAGACUAGAGGAGAGUGAGGUGACCGAGCAUUUAUGCAGACUCCACCGAGAUAUCUGCAAUGCUUGUAUUCUAUUGGCGGAACACGAUGUUCUAUCUGAGUAUGAUGGAAUGUAGAAGCAGAUAGACCUUUCAUAAAUCACAUCUAUACUGGUGAAACGGGUGAUGGUGACAUAACUAUAUGAGUUUUACUCUGCUUAUGAAUUAUUCACCUAUACUAAUUUGUGUAUACUUACACUACAAUAGGCAAGGUACAUUCACUGGACUAUAUAACAUCUGUUGAAUCAACACACCACACUUUAGAUUAUAGAUUUAGACAUGACGAGAGUGGAGAUUUCACCUAUGGCAGAGGAAAGGGUACUUUACAAUAAGAACAAUAGACAUAUGGAAGUCUCUGCAGAAACCUUUUAUUUUUAUCAGACUCUGUCCAUAUUUUAAUCAAAGUCUGUAAGUUUUGUUUAAAAAAAACCCCCAAAAAACAGCAUCAAUAAUAGAAUAUUCAAGGAUAUAUUAGUUAAUAUCUAGGUAACAUGUUUUUGAUCCAGGGAAGAAUCUAAUUGCAUCUUUGAAAUCAAGAAGGGUAUUUCAAUUUGUAGCAAAACUGGAAAUCACUUUAAAAUGUUUGCCUUCUUUUGGAACAACAGCAGUAAUACAGAUUUGUGAUAAACUUAAUGGGCUUGAGUUUUGUAUUCAGCCUCUGAAAUGGUAAUAUUUAAUAAUUUCCAGUGCCAGUGUGAAGAAUCAGAAUACUGAGUACCAAGGCAUUUUGUUUAAGCAUAGAUAUCAUUCAUGGAUACAUUUUAAAAGGUCAUAAUUGUAUUCAAGAGUAAGAUUUGUAUUCUGUCGAGAUGUGGACUGGUUAUCAAAUGAUGGAUGCCCAUGCUAAUGCCUAGAUAUUAAGUUCACAUUAUGGUUGGCACGCUGAGUAAGCAUGAUCAUAUUUGUCAGCUAUGCCUAGUGAGCGCCAUAGGCUUUCUAUUAGAUAUACUAGCUGCACAUCUGCAGUAUAGUAUUACAAGACCCUCUAUAUUCUCAACAUACAUUCAUAGCAUAUUCAGGCAUGGGGACACACAAAGAGUGCACCAGCAGUGUCCAGGGAUACCCUAAUGCAGAUUAUUAUUUAACAUUGUAAAAGCUCAAACAUAUUCACUGUUUGUUUGUCACGGUCGUGCACGACCGGACCAACUCACAGGGCUUACCUGCUCAGCGGCGAGCCGGGAACCGUUCCUCCUCGCGUCUAUCCAUGGCUCCACCCCUCAAAAUUAUACGAACGUGCGCGUGAUGUCACGACGUCAAUGCACGCGCACGUUCUGGGGUCAGAGGUCACCCUCUGACCAAUCAGAACUUAGAGAGGGAUAUUUAAAUCCCUAAUUCACCCCAGUGCCUUGCCAUGCCGUGGUUUCCUGUUCCUGGUUCCAUGGAGUGCGUUUAUCUUUGUGAAUAUUACUUCCUGGUAUCCUGAUCUCGGCUUUUCCCUGGUUAUUCCGAAUUCUGGUUCCCCUGACUUGGCUUGUUUAAACGGUAUCUGAGUAUUUCUGGCUUCCUUGACCUCGGCUUUCCCUUUGACCAUUCUCUAUCUCUAGUGUAUUAGUCCGGCCAUUCUAAGGUCCGGUUUACGCUCUGUCCUUUUAUUUCCUUUCCUUUUGUAUGUAUAUGUUUACAUAGUUUCUGCGUGUUGGACCACACUAGCAGCCGUGACAGUUUAGAGGUUCAUUUUAUAUAUUGUAGUUUCAGUAAUUUUAUAACGAAAGUUUAGCUGUGUUUUUAUGUAUAGAAAUGACCAAUUUAAUCGGGUGCCGUAUGUUGGUAAAGGGGUGUUGUCAGAAACUUUAUUAUAUUUUGUCAUUUCCUCCAUUAACAUUUUGGGUGGCACAAACUACAUUUUGAAUAUGUUUUAGUUAAUAAAAUAUUCUUAUAGCGGUCUCCAACCUACGCACUUGAAAUAGUUUGCAAACAUACAUAAUAAUUCAGCAUUCUAAUUACUGGCUAUUUCAUAAUAUGUUUGAAUAUACUGUUGUUGAUAGUGCACUAUUACUGUGUUUCAGUGAUAUCAUUCUAUGAUGAGCAUUUAAUUAUCAGUUUAACACACAUUGAUAUGUCAUACUUAUCAGUGGGAUACUAGUAGUCAGUGGAAUGUAAGGCAAGUAGUUUUGUGAUUGUUCUAGCCUGUCUGUUGUACAUUCCUAAGGUAUUUAAACAUAUAGAAUUCUACAACUGAGGUUAGCUUAAUUUCAGAUUAUUUGUAAAGAAUAUGCUGAUUUUGUACACAGCCUUUACUAGAUGCUAAAAAGUGUUUGUUGAAUAUAAGAAACAGACAACUGUAUUUGGAAAUCAGCCUAAUUUACUGAAGAUCCAUAAAAAAAAUUACAUUCAGAGCCCCUUUCUUAUAUCUGUUAAAAUAAAUGGGUUAAGAAAUUACUAUUUGACAUCAUAUUGUAUGUGUUUUUGUGCCAUGUGAUGACACUGGGACAAAGUAUCUAAAAUGAUUGCGAGGCAUCUACUUCUCCCAAGAGCUCUCAUUCCUCUUUAUUUGAUCACAGAGUUCCGUGUUAAGUGGUGUGUAUCCUGCCAGCCCUUCCACAUGGUUUGCUGUGGUGGCCGUUACUCUUGGGUCCCUAUAUGGAAAAGUGGAUCUGUCUGUUGGACUCAUUGCCAAAAUCACUAAUGUGCUCCCAGGAAAGUGAGUGACCCAAUACAAGACAAUAUAAUACAUUUAUACAUGUGCAAUAUAAGUUGAAGAAUACACAAAAAGCUAUGAUCUUGUGUAAAAUGUUUAUUUAAUAAUUGAUUAAUCAAACUUCCCAAAACACAAUGAAGUAUCAAGCCUUAUGGGGAGGACCUGUGAGAAGAAGAGCAGGAGCCCCAAGGCAGAACACAGCACACCCUACCUUUCAGUACACUACUUGUGUACACACACUACAUGUGUGGAGAUGCAGGGACUUUAUUAGGAAAAUCCAAAGUCUAAGGCAGUAUCAUAGUGAAGGUUCAAAAGCGGCACAGGUCAGAGAGCCAGAAAAGCAGAUUAAGAAGAAGAAGCUGACUAACUGGAGAAGGAGAUAGAGCAAUGAAGCAGAAGAAUGCUGAAUCUCAGGAACUAGGGCAUCCAGAUAAUUGAACACUUAUCCAGAGGUUCUUUGGGAUUUUAUAGGCAGGCUCAGGCCCAUGACACAUGUCUUAGUUAUACCGUGUUUCUCCGAAAAUAAGACCGGGUCUUAUAUUAAUUUUAGUCACAAAAAACACACUAGGGCUUAUUUUCAGGGUAGGGCUUAUUUAUUUACGGUACCGGUAUGUACAUUGAACCCCCCCCUUUAAUUAAUCCACCCCUCCUUUAAUAAAUCCACCCCCCUCUAAUUAAUCCAGCCCACCCUUUAAUUAAUUCACCCCCCUUUAAUUAAUUCACCCCCUCUAAUUAAUCCAGCCCACCCUUUAAUUAAUUCACCCCCCUCUAAUUAAUCCAGCCCACCCUUUAAUUAAUUCCCCACCCCUUUAAUUAAUUCACCACCCCUUUAAUUAAUUCACCCCCUCUAAUUAAUCCAGCCCACCCUUUAAUUAAUUCACCACCCCUUUACUUAAUUCACCCCCUCUAAUUAAUCCAGUCCACCAUUUAAUUAAUUCACCCCCUUUAAUUAAUUCACCACCCUCUAAUUAAUCCAGCCCACCCUUUAAUUAAUUCACCACCCCUUUAAUUAAUUCACCCCCUCUAAUUAAUCCAGUCCACCCUUUAAUUAAUUCACCCCUCUUUAAUUAAUUCACCCCUCUUUAAUUAAUUCACCCCUUCUAAUUAAUCCAGCCCACCCUUUAAUUAAUUCACCACCCCUUUAAUUAAUUCACCCCCUCUAAUUAAUCCAGCCCACCCUUUAAUUAAUUCACCACCCCUUUAAUUAAUUCACCCCCUCUAAUUAAUCCAGCCCACCCUUUAAUUAAUUCACCACCCCUUUAAUUAAUUCACCCCCUCUAAUUAAUCCAGUCCACCCUUUAAUUAAUUCACCCCCCUUUAAUUAAUUCACCCCCUCUAAUUAAUCCAGUCCACCCUUUAAUUCACCCCUCUAAUUAAUCCAGCCCACCCUUUAAUUAAUUCACCCCCCUCUAAUUAAUCCAGCCCACCCUUUAAUUAAUUCACCCCCUUUAAUUAAUUCAAUUAAUCCCAGACAUAAAAUAUCUAGCGGUACUCACAUUUCAAAGAUUCCUUGCCGAGUCCGACCACUGGGAGCCUCACCGCCCGGAAAUGGAUCCUUCCGCUGAAGAUCCGUGAAGGCAGACUGACGGCGCUGCGAAAUGUCGUCAUCACGUUGCGCGAUGCCGCGGCCCGCAACGCUCCUCCUACAGUAGAAGACGGAAGUCUCGCCGCAAAGGUAAAAUGCCUAGGUCUUAUUUUCGGGGUAGGGCUUAUAUUGCAGCCCACCCCGAAAAUCCGACUAGGGCUUAUUUUCGGGGUAGGGUUUAUUUUCGGGGAAACACGGUACUUAUUUUUGGCAAUAUUGACUUAACAUUUUGAAUCCACUUAGAAUCAGUGACAAUUCACACUUUAAUGAAUCACCCUGUAACUUAUUCAGCUAGCUAUCCAUGAGCUAAAUAUUUGUAAAGUGCAAACUUAACUGACUGUAUCAAUAAAGUGAGAGAGUGCAAACUAUUUAUUCAAUUUCAGUGCAAAAAUACAAGUGCUACAUCCAAACACUUAUAACACUCUUUAUCAGUGCAAUAUGAAAAAGUCCACAGGAUACUUCCGGGAGGUGUGGCGUACGUGAUGACGUCACGUAGCCAAUCAGAUAACGCGUUUCGCUGAGAGGUCAGCUUCUUUAGUAUUAGUAAAUUGUAUACAGCGAGUAGGGGCAUUUCUAUUAAACAGUAAGCAGCCAGUGGCUGCUCACUGUUAAAAUUAUUAUUUUUUUUAAAUGGGUCCCCCCUCCCAAGCACCCACCCACGAUGCACGAGUGGGGGCUUUUAAACUAACAGGGGGGGCCUAUUGCCCCCCUUGGCCCCCACCCCUGAGCGGCGGGUGGGGGCCCUAAAGUAAAAUAAUGGGGGGGACCUAUUGUCCUCCCCCCCCGUCCCCACCCCUGAGCGGCGGGUGGGGGGCCUAAAGUAAAAUAAUGGGGGGGGACCUAUUGUCCUCUCCCCGGCCCCCACCCCUGAGCAGUGGGUGGGGGCCCUAAAUUAGUAUGGGGGGGACAUAAUGUCCUCCCCCUUGUCCCCCACCCCUGAGCGGUGGGUGGGGGCACUAAAAACUAAUUGGGGGGGACCUAAUAUUCUCCACCCUGGCCCCCACCCCUGAGCCAUUGGUGGGGGCCCCAAAUACUAAUUGGGGGGACCUAAUGUCCUCCCCCUGGCCCCCACCCCUGAGUGGUGGGUGAGGGCCCUAAAUACUAAUUAGGGGGGGACCUAAUGUCCUCCCCCCUGACCCCCACCCUGGGUCCUAAAUAAAAAAAUAACCCCCCCUCCCCCGGGUGACUAGGGGUCCCCCUACCUACUCCCCUCACCCUAAAAAUAAUGAGGGGGGACCAUUUAACUAAGUACCUGAAAAAAAAAAACAACUUACCAUUUGAUGUUUUCUUUCUUCUAAAAUCUUAUUUUUUCAGCCCCAAAAAAGGCCAAAUAAAAAGCCAUAAUAACCAACGCACUAAAAAACAAACAAAAAAAAAAACGAGCCCCCCAAAAAUAAUCCAUCUUCACCCAUGGAGGGCUCCACGCAGACUGAGCUCUGCAGGGCGGGGGAAGGCUUAUAAAGCCUUCCCCCGCCCUGUAAUUAGGCUCAGAGCACUCUGAUUGGUGGGUUUAAGCCAACCAAUCAGAAUGCUCUGACAGAUAAAUGAAGAGACUGACAGGUAAGUCUCUACAUUUACCUGUCACAGCACUCCGGUUGGUUGGAAAUCCACCAAUCAGAGUGCUCUGUGUCAUUUUACACAGUGUGGGAAAGUUCUGUGUAAUUUGACUCAUAAUUCUCUGAUUGGUUACUUACUUUUUUUUUUUUUUUAGUGCGUCGGUUAUUAUGACUUUUUAUUUGGCUUUUUUUGGGGCUGAAAAAAGAAGAUUUUAGAAAAAAGAAAACAUCAAAUGGUAAGGUUUUUUUUUUUUUUUAGGUACUUAGUUAAAUGGUCCCCCCUCAUUAUUUUUAGGGUGAGGGGGUAGGUAGGGGUUAAUAUUUUGGGGAGGGGGGUCCAGGGGGGAGGACAUUAGGUCCCCUCCUAACUAGUAUUUUAGGGCCCCCACCCACCACUAAGGGGUGGGGGCCAGGGGGGAGGACAUUAGGUCCUCCCCCCUCGUUCUAAUUUAGAGCCCCCACCGCUCAGGUCCCCCUCCAAUUAGUAUUUAGGGCCCUCACCCACCGCUCAGGGGUGGGGGCCAGGGGGAAGGACAUUAGGUCCCCCCCAUUACUUUACUUUAGGGCCCCCACCCGCUGCUCAUGGGUGGGGGCCGGGGGGAGGACAAUAGGUCCACCCCUUAUUUUACUUUAGGGCCCCCACCCGCCAUUCAGGGGUCGGGGCCGGGGGGGGGGCAAUAGGUUAGGAGGGGGAGGGGGGCUGCUCACUGUUUAAUAGACAUGCCCCUACUCGCGGUAGAGCGAGUAGGGGGAUAAUUUACUAAUACUAAGUAAUCUUUACUUAGUAUUAGUAAAUUUGGCUGAAAGACCAAUUCAGGUCUUUCAGCCUUUUAGUAGAUAGCGCCCUAAUACCGUGGGAAUUAGGGAGUUAUCUACUUAUUCAUUCCUGUUAUUACACUGACUGGCCAAGUAACUUAUAUUUUAUAUGAAUGUAUGUUACUUGAUUGUUGUAAGUGUUGCAAAUGCUUAUAGCUGAAUCCUGGCUAUGUUUGUAUACUUUUUAUUUAAAAUUGUAUAGAGUGUAACAUUCUUCUUCUUCCACUGGGUAAGUAUAUUAGUACUUAGGCAAUCCUGUGCUUCAGAACUUUGGCACUUCAACACUUUGGAAAUUCGGUAAUUUCUGAACUUCGGGACCUUGGUACUUCGGCACUUUGGCAAUUCGGCACUUCGACUAUUUGGACAUUCGGAAGUACCCGAAUGUCCGAAUUGCCCGAAAUUCGUCCGAAUUCAUAUUCGGCCCGAAACAAAUUGCACAUGUCUAGUUUGCAUUAAAAUGUAAUAAAACAGGAUUUACUUACCUCUUUCCAUUGCCAAUCCUCCCCUGCCACUGCUUACCUCUUGACUUCCAAUGAGGCCAUGCCUCCUCCUUUAUGAUCCAAUCCACAUGCGCAUUAAACUUCCACUGAAUAAAUGCUUUACAAUGGAGCUUCUACGUCACGUGACCAAAUUUUACUCAGUCGAUGCAGUGGAAGCACCUGUAGUCAUACAAAGAGAGGAGUGCACUGAGUGGAAGGAAUAAACCACUUCAGAUAAACCCAGUGGAGCUGUAAAAACCAUUUUACACUUACCUUCUAUUUUAUUUUUAAACUUAUUUGUAUUAAUUAAGUAUUAUAGCCUUUUUACAAGUCUGAGUGCCUGUAUAUUUCUGCUAUCAAAGAAGAGUUGUGCUCUCUUAAAGGCACAGUGAUGUUUACACUGAGAGCCAAGCAUAUUUGGCUCUCUAGCAGGUGAGCAUUCAAUUUGCAUCACUUUUUUAUUACAUAUAUACUGAGGAUAAUAUACCAGGAGCAUUUGCUUCACUUUUUGUCUUUUCUCUGAGUACUUGGAUCCAUAUAUAAAGAAAAGGUUUGGUAUUACCUAAAUAUACCUCUGCAAGUAUGACUUGAGCCUAUCCACCCAAGGCUCUAAACCAUGUGAGUGAGUUAUAAAUAUACUUUUUAACUACUCCAAUACCCUUAUAUACGACACCAUAUUCUGUUGUUUUAGUUAUUUUUAGUUAUUUUCCAUACUCAUUUGUUAAAUUGUUUUUAGUUCUCCACUGUGUUGAUCGGAAGUGGUUUAUUCAUUCCACUCAGUGCACUCCACUCUUUGUAUGACUGUGUGUUAAGUAAGAGUGACUUACACGUGUGUUGUAGCUGCUAACCCUAAUUGUAUUUCAAUAUUAUCUAUAAACGCCUUAUACUGCACAGUGCACUUUGUUUUUUGUUGAAGCCACUAGGUGUCAACUUAAUCCUGCAGUGUUAAGAAAACAUGGACUCUGCAUUGAGAUGAAGUGGUCUAGUUGACUCUAGUAUUGAUUUAAGUUACAACAGAGCACUUAUUUCAUGUAAUACAUUUGGCCCUGAAAUAUAGAGGUCAAGCUGAUAAAACGUAAACAAUUGGUUAUAUUACAGUAAAGAAUCAUAAAUUAAAUGUCCAUAAGUUGCCUUCCUUGGGACCGAUAAAUAAAGUACCAAAUGAUUGUUACCCAAUUCUGCCAUUUGGUCAUGCUGAUAUUCUAUUCCGGAUUGUCAUCACAUUUGUUACUCACGUUGUCAGUCUUAGAAGUGAUAUUAAAUAUUUCUCCUACAUAUCUGGUUUGGCUCUCCCAUCUCACUAUCCGUGCUGUUUUAUUCUUAUAUUACGUGUACAGAUCUGCACUAUCACCCCUGUCCCGCACUGUCCUUAGUGCUGUUCUCUUCUCAUCGGGAGUCUGGAUCUCUGGUAUUCUUUUCUAUCGUCAAACUUUGCGCAUUCUUCUUUCAUAUCAUGGGUGGAUGUUUGAGCCACGAGGGAAAACGAGUAUAAAAACGAAAGCAUGGGCAGUAAGUUUUGUUUUAUCUUUAAAUAUAUGGUCCUUUAUUUUUUUUAUGCUUUGGUUUUCCUGGUCACAUUUUUAUUUCUCGAUCUACCAACAUGCAGACCGAUAAAUAAGGCUGCACACUUUCUUUUCUCUUUCUAUUUUGUUUGUAUAUUUUUAUAUAUGUAUAUUCUUAUGCAUUAUCUACAACACACUCAAACAUGGUAUUCAAUUCUAUAAUGCAUUUAUGUAUAAUAUUCUAUUUGUCUAUAUCCUUUGCUUUUGAUUAUAAAACAACCCAUAACUGCGUGUACAUUUGGACACGUUAAACAUUUCUGUUUCAUUCAAUACUAUAAUGGUUUGCUCAGUUUAUCCUUCUAUGCCUUUUAUCCUUUUAAGUAUCUCAAAUACAACUGUAUCCCUGACAAUGAAAUUUUUGGUGAUGCUAGUUUCUGUACGUGUCUAUCUACUCCAGGGUUGCAUGAAGAUCAUGUCCAAGAGGCAGCCAAUGCUCUACAGUUUCCAGAUGUCUCUUCCGAAGCUUCCAGUGCCACCCCUUGAGGACACGAUAGAGAGGGUAAGAGGUGCAUGGAGAUCACUGAGUUACAAGUCUGACCACAGUGAGAAUAUUGAUUUAAUAUAUAUAUAGUAUAUAGUCUGAUGUUUGUGCACCAAUGACAAAGGCAGGAUUUGAACAUUUAUGGGGAAGAACCUGCAUCCCAGCAGGUUUUCUAUCCACAGUAAGUUUUUCUGCCUCAUUUAGAUAUUUUUUAUUUGAUUUAAUUUUUGCUAUAUUCAUUGGAAUUGAUAAGCAAUAUUUACAUGGUUACCACUACAGCCUGCUUUAUUGGUUAUGAUGUGAGGAGUACCUUGGCCCUGUUUCCUGGUAAUAGGGCAGACCAUUUUGCAAUGGUUUCCUUGCUUACCUGGUUCCUUCCUGCUCUAAUGAUAUGCACCCUCAUGGCACCUCCAUUCAUUGGCUGAGAGUGUCAUAUGACUGCUCUCAACCUAUGAAUGCAAUUCUGUAUAUAGAAGUAUUCACAGAAUUGAUAUUAGUCAUGACAGCCCUAUGACACUGGUGACAGGUGGAGUUACACCUAAGGUAGCAGAGGGGCUAAACUUCGUAUUUGCAGCAUUUCAAAGUGAAAAGCUCCUCAUACAGAUUCCAUGACUACUUCGAAUCACUGAAGUGAUUAUGGUGCUUGGAGAAACCAUUUAAGCACAAAUAAAUAAAGGAUGACACGUAAAUAGCAAAAGAAAUGGAUUGCAACAAGUCAUAAAAAAUAUUUUACGCUUUAACCGUAUAUGAUUAUCUAUAGGAAUAUUUUCACUCAGGUUGUUAGUUUUUCCUAAACAACAUCAGUGUAAAAUGUGUCAUUGGGAAGAAAGGGUUAAAAACAUUAGAUUCCAGUACCUGAAUAAUUUUAUAUGUAUAAAACAGAAUAAGAGAAUAGAUUAAAGUGUCAUGUAAAAAAGAAAAAAGAUUCACAGAAAAAAGGGUACGGAAAACGAUAAAAUAAUAAGAUAUGAUACACUUUGAAUGAUACAAAGUAGUAAGGAAACAAUGGAGCAACAAUGGUUAGGUGAGUAUAGGAAAUUAAGGAUUGUUGGAGCUGGUUGAUUUAAUGUGACAAUAAGAGGAGGUAAUUUUGAUUUUGACAUUUCCUUUGUGUUAUUUUAUUCCAUACCUCAUUAAUUCGUCUCCCAUCUCAAUGUUCUAUUUUUCUCUUGCGGUUUCUUUGUUUCAUUUGCAGUACCUACAGUCUGUAGAGCCUUUGCUUGACGAGGAAAAAUUCAAUCGAAUGAAGGUAUUGGCUGAGGAAUUCAAGAGUGAUCUGGGACGCAAAUUACAGAAAUAUCUACACCUCAAAUCCUGGUGGUCAUCAAAUUAUGUUGGUAUUUCUGGGUGUGCAGUAAUUACUAGUAGUAAUAUGUAUAUUGUUUUAUAAUUUGGAGAGCCUUGAGAUUAUCUGUUCCAUUUUAUAAGAGAUAAUAAUGUAACUAAAAUUACAUGAAACAUACACAAGACAGCUUAUGUCUAUCUAAUAAAUUAUUGAAUAUAAGGAUAUAUACAUCUUUAUACAGAGCUUGUGAAUUUAAAAUGUAAAUUUAGGCAUAUUUAGGAUUACAUUAAAAGUGAAGAUAAUUUUUAAUGAAAAUAUUCCUGCAGAUUUCACUGCUUUCGAUGGUGAUAACUACCGUUUUAGCCUAUUUCCUCACCUUUUUUUUUUUUUUUAUCAACCUCACUCUAUUCUCAAAUUGGAAGAACUUGUGUCUUUUACACAUCCUGGAGGGCAAAACGGGAUGUUACAUUAUUAGAUCUAAGUAACCAUCAGAAGUCAAUAUCAAGGACUACUCGUCAAAUUAUAUAAACUGGGAUAGGCGGAUGUGGCCAAAUUUUCCUUAUUAAAAGACCACUAUAGUGCCAGGAAAACAUACUCGUUUUCCUGGCACUAUAGUGCCCUGAGGGUGCCCCCACACUCAGGGACCCCCUCCCACCCGGCUCUUGGUGAAGUGGUCUGGGUGCCUAGAGUGGUCCUUUACGAUAUUAAAGCAUAUAAUGAAAAUAACUUCUAGCAUCUCCCAUGUUAUCUUCCUCAAUGCCCUAUGUAAUCUCUUUUUCUGGUCUGCUCUAAGAAUAAUAAAGCCAUCCUUUGCUCAAUGACAGGAAAGGGCUUUCAGGAUUUGUUAUAAUCUGUGCAAACAAGAAAAGACAUAGAGAAGAUCAUCACCUCAUUUAAUGCUUCUUAUAAAAAUGUCAGAAACCGUGAACUAAUACUGCAUUCUACUACUAACGCUGUACAUACAUCCUGUAUCUUUAGCACUGUGAGCAGUCAGACAAUCUGUCCAAUAUUUCACCAUUUAGUUUAUAUUAGGCAUAUAAUGUGCUUACUGCGGUAUACUCUAAUUAGUCUAAUACGGCAUUAUACCAGUUUCACAUUGUACUUAAAAUGUUUGGAAUAGUGUGUAUCCAAGAAUAGAGAAUUAGGAGUCUGCUUUGAAUACAGCUCUGAAAAGUCAACACGUCACAAUACAAAGCUAUGAAAAUAGCAUCUUUUGUUUCCUAACCACAGGUUAGUGACUGGUGGGAGGAAUAUAUCUACCUUCGAAGUCGGGGCCCGAUUAUGGUAAACAGCAACUACUAUGCAAUGGUAAGAAGCUGUACUACACUCAUACUGUCACUCUGUAAUCCCAGACCUGCCCCUACUAUGUUUUGUGCCAUUUGUAACACACUGUCUCACACUAUUGUUCUGUGACUGCACCACAUUUACCAUUAAUUUCUGGCAGUCACUCACUGUUGCAUGCUUCUUAGAAAUUCUUAUCUGCCGUCACAUUCUAUAUAGACAUUCAUGGUUAUUCACCAGUGUAUGCGUUUUUGGAGAUUCAAAAUGAAUGUAAAAUGCAUUUAAACAUUUAGGCCACAAAUGCUCGUAGUCAGCCAAGUUUCCAUUUUUGCCAACGAGGCCUAACAUUUUAAGUUCACUUUGAAUUAACUUUAAUGGUGUUGAAAGAUCCUCUCAUUAACCUGUUUACAGUCUGCUGGUAAACUGUGUUGAUCUAAUGCAAACAUUGUGACCACUGACGGCUGCAUACUUUAAUGUAGUCAUUGGUAUUGCAUGAGAUCCUUAAAGGUAUACAAGCUCAGUGAUGUUGAGGUAUAUAAGCUCAGUGAAAACCAAAAUCUAGAUCCCAAGAACUUUACUAUUUUAUAUUCUUCAAUGGUAAUGCAGACAUUGUCCUACUUUCAGCAUUAAUGCACACAGAGAGCUAUUUUAUGAAGCUGAACUUUUAGCUAAUCUUUAAUGCAAAAAUACCAACUUUCUUUAACGUGUGAUUAAACAAUAUCAAUUACACCGUCUUAAAUACUCUACUUGAGAAACUGAUUUGGUUAACAAGGUGUCUCUACCCUUGAAUGUCUCUCCCCAUAUUAUGUUCGAAAUAGGACCUCCAGAAAUGUGGGUGGUCAAUUUUGACGUGGGUAAUUGUAGGAUACAUAAGAUUGGUAGCCAGGUGUUUGUUUAAACAGAGGUGGGAUACAACAGAAGAAUGGUGAUAUAAAUUCUUCUGUCCAAGACUGACUUACCUGCUUUCCAAGCUACUGUAGUCUAAGUUUGGAUUUGACAUGGCUGCCACUAGUGCUUAUGAUGUGUUGGCUGUCCUGAACAUCGUAUUCUUUCUGUAUAUCUUCUUAUUUUAUUUAUUAUCCUGGUUAAUAUACUGACUGAAUAUUAGUAACUAUCUCUGUUUUUCUCUUUUCUUCUGGCAUUAUCUUUUUGGAGUAUAGGAUUUCCUAAAUAUAACCCCAACUUCCAAACAGGCUGCAAGGGCAGGAAAUGCUAUCCAUUCAAUGUUGCUCUACCGUCGAAAAUUAGAGAGAGGGUUGAUACCUCCGGUGAGUACUCAUGGAGAACACCUGCAUGACUUAGGGUAAACAACUGAGGACACCAAGAUUUACAAGUGUGAGUUUUGGUUUCACUUGGGUUGUUUGAAAAUAAGAGAGCUAGCAUAAUGUGGUAUCUAGUUCUUUAAGUUCAGCAAAGAAUGCUAGACCUGGUUUGUGGAGAAAACUGUUUUUUUUUGUUUUUUUUAUGGUACAACAUAUUUCCCAACUUAAUAGUUCUAAUGUUAUUGAACUUGAAAGGACAAAGUCUAAAUUGUUUCUGCUGCAUAUCACAACAGAUACAACUCAAGGCUUCAAGAGAGACUGCAGCUACAGAACUUACUACUGACCUGUCUUGGUGGUGACCAUAUUUUAUAUUUAAUGUUUAAUUUUGUAUAUUUGAGUAUCUAAAUAUUAUUUUUUUGAACUGAGCAAAGUAAAGCAUGGAUAAUGAGGAGAAGACAACUCUAAUAACCAAAUGCAGCUUUUUAACAGCUUGAGAAGUGUACCUGAGCAGCAAGGAAUCUGGGACUAGUUCAGUGAUCAGAUGUUAGACCAGGGAUAGGCAACCUUCGGCACUCCAGAUGUUUUGUACUACAUCUCCCAUAAUGCUCUUACACCCAUAAUGCUGGCAAAGCAUCAUGGGAGGUGUAGUCCAAAACAUCUGGAGUGCCGAAUGUUACCUAUGCCUGUGUUAGACGGUAAUUCAGAUGUUGGGUGUAUAGGGCAAAACUGAACCUUCUCCAUUAACACAGAAAGAGCAUAUAUGAAAUAGUAUAACAUAAUGGUACCUUAACAACAAACAAAAGUUAAUGUUCUAUAGAUAAUGACAGAUAUAUCCAAAAACUGUGAAUAGACAUCCUUAGGAUGAUAAAGAGGUAAAAUGUAAUUUGACUUAUUAUAUCAUUCUAAUAUUGCACUGAAUGUCACCAUGAAUGACACUUCUGGAAUCCUGAUGUCUCAGUGAUAACAACUUCUCCAACCCCCAGGUCAUGGCUCUUGGUAUUGUCCCCAUGUGCUCCUAUCAGAUGGAGAGAAUGUUUAAUACUACGAGAAUUCCAGGGUCAGAGACUGGUAAGUCAACAUUAAUGGAACAUACAGUAGAUACUCAUAUUCUAAACAAACAAAUCGAUAAAGAUCUACAUAUGAAAGACUGACUGCAACACCAAUAUUUGUGAAUAAAUCUGAUCCACAUUUUAACAUAGCAGGAAACACAUAGUUAUUGACAAUAAAAACACAAUAAAAAUGUCUUAGUGGUGUAGAAAAAGUCAGUAAAUGACUUAAAAUAAAAGUCAACACCAAUUUUACAGGAACAAAUGUAUGUCAUAAUAUACAAGGGAUAUAAUAAUAAUACUGAUAACACAACAGAUUAAAAAACAUAUUGCCAAUGUUACCUGGAGGAGUGCAAGUAGACAUGAAAGAGAUAUGUGCAUAAUACAUAAUAACAAUAAGAGAGAACAUUUAUUACAGUGCAAACUCUCUUUGUGACUUCACCAGAUAUAAUACUGUUCUAUUCCCCAAUGGAUGCAAUAAACCAAUUUUGAAUAUGUUAAGUCAGUUCCAUUGACCUGGAUCCUAGUUUUGUACAUGAAAAUGAAAUAUAAUGCAUCUUUCACUCUAAUGUAAUCCAUGAAGUGUUGGUAAAAGGAAAAUAUUGCUCCCAGUGUGUUAAUUGGUAACUCGUCCCUGGAAAGGAUACUUAGACAAUAAACAUCACUUAUAAUUUGUCUUAAAUAGUUUUCAUGUAAUAUUCCAGUUUCCAUUAAAUGUGUAUUAUAUAUUGCAAAUUACAUCACAAUCCAGUUCGGCCCUGGAAAAUCUAUGGCACACUUUGAGAAGGAAAACGAGACAUAGAAACAUUGUUGUUGCAAAAUGGCAUAGGCUGUUUUUAUUAUUUUUUUUAAGCAUCUCUGUCACUAUCUGACCCAAUAUGAUUUAUGUCCUCCUAAUGAUAAAAAAUUAUUAACUGUAACUUUAUUGGAACAGAGGACUGCCUUAACCAGCAAUGUGAGCUGUGUGAACAUGGCACCCAAUAUUUUAAAAAGAUAAAUAAAGAUGAGAGAUUAGUUUUUGCGGUGUUUGUGCUCAUCUAAGUCACAAAAAUGAACGUUAGUACUGCAAUGGCCACUUUCUCCCUGUGUUCUUACAUUUUAAAAAGAAAUGCAUUACUCAUUUGUGUUGCGUUUGUGCUGAUUUCUGCUGAAAAAAAAUAAUAUUGUGCAUUCAAUUUUUAUCAAACACUGCCCACUUGGUUUUGGAGAUAUUGCGCAUUAAAUUUCCUCAAACAAUGGCGACUUUCUCCAUGUGUUCUUACAUUUUAAAAACAAAUACACCAUUCAUUUGUGCUGACCUGAGCUGCAAAAAUUAAUGUUUGUGCCACUUUGGUUUCAGAGAUAUUGCACAUUAGAUUUGCACUUUUCACCUCUCCAAAAACAAAGUGGCACAAACGUUGAUUUAUUGCUGUGCAUAUCGUCAUAAAUGCAGCACAAAACUUCACACAAGUAGCAAUGAGUAUUCUUUUUGCAGUUGAAUGUAGAGACACACAGUGGACCAUGUUGGAAUUACAUUCACCAGUUAUACUUCACAGGGAGAUAGUCAUUUCUCUCCUUUUAUGGUAACUUUCAAAUCUUCGACUGGCACUUGUUGGGAACUGGAAAAAAAAAUGUUCUGUUGGGUGCAUUUCAUAUUAAACUUUACUGUUCUCUGGUAAAAUACUUACAACUUCUGGCUUAGUAAAUACCUUUGUCACAGUUAAUUUCCUUUCGUUGCUAAAGUAUGUACAGGAAAAUCAUCUUGUAUCGAAUAAUGUACAAUACUGAGACAUUUCCAUAUUUGAGUGACUUGAUAACAUAUUAUAAGGCUUUAAUUGUUAAUGUUAAUUCAGUAAAGCCUCAAAGUCUAGAAUGAUGUUGUUGUUUUCAACCCUGGCCUUGCUGCUUAUUUCCCACAAAGUAAGUAAAGGGGAUAGAUAACCUACUUGCUUAAUGACUUUAAAUUAAAGGAACAGUAGGUUUUUAAGAAGGUAGCCAACUUAUAAAACCCCAGCUGAUGAUGAGCUACAGUGCUAUUCCUAUGAUCAUCAGACAUAAAUGAUGACCCUGAUUUCUUGGGUGAGGGGGGACCUGGGCAAAUUCCCUCCCCACCUCCAAGAAUUAACCCCCACAGCACACAGGAGAAACCAAAAAUGCUGGUUCUCCUUGCAGCCUGAGACAGGGUGCGGGGGAGGGAGGGGCACUAUGUCCAGGUCCCCCCUUAUUGCACUAGCGACUGGGCAGCAAUAGCCCAGUUUAGGCAAUAACCCCCUACUCCCUGCAUGAGCAAGGAUUUAACCUCCCUUUUAUUAAUAUGUGGGUCAUAGUAACCCCCAUAGGUUUUAAGGCACGGGGUGGUAGGAAUUGUUAAUAUUUAUUACAAGGAGGGAGCUGGUAGCAUUGCCCACUCCCUCCUUGCUUUUUUUUUUUUUGCGCUUGCACAUUGUUAUUUUCUUCCUAAUGGGCAAAAAUAAUAAUUUUUUACCGAAUCUCGUCCGAAAAACGAAUGUUUUACGGAUGAAAUUCGGAAUGGAUGAAUUACAUUUUUAUUUAGUACGAAUUCAUUCGUACAAAAAGAAAAUGUCGCUGGUGCACAUGUCUAGUACACAGCAAAACACACAAACGAUAAACCAUUAUAGCAUUGAAGGUAUAAUAAAUAAUUCACUCCACACAUGCCAUCUCGCCCAUAGAUCGCCUCCAGCACCUGGUUGAGAGUCGCCAUGUGUGUGUGUACCACAAAGGACGCUAUUACAGACUGUGUCUGUAUGAAGAUGGUGACUUACUCAGUCCGCGUGCACUCCAGCGGCAGAUUCAGCGUAUACUUGAUGACCCUAGCCCACCCCAGCUUGGAGAGGAAAAAUUGGCAGCACUGACAGCAGGGGACAGGUAAGAGAGGCAGGUAAAAAUUAGGACAAUAUGAAAAACAAGAAUGGAAAACAAAAUGGAUGAAAUAAAAAAUAACAAAAUAAGAAAAUAUUUGACAUUGGUGUCUGAGAUAAAGUGCAGGGUGGACAUGUGAAAAUAUAUCACAAGGCUGAAGAAAGAAGAGAACUGACAAAAUGUCAAUGCAGGAAUAAUGACUGGAGAGAAAACCUGGACUUAAAUGUGUGGAUGGUGUGAGAAUGUGGAGGAAAAGUCCAUAAGCAGGCAUGACAGAUUUAUAUCCCACGCACCUGUAGACAAUUUACUCAUUACCCCCAAAAAGUAUGAGUUUGUGGCGCAUUAAUAACGUGUGUGAAUUAUGUGUGUAAUGUGUGAAUGCUGUGCAUAGUGUUUUAAUGCUGUGAGUAAUGUAUGAAUACUGUGUGUAAAGUAGUAAUGCUAAGCAUAGUGUUUAGAUGCAGUAUGUAAUAUGUGAAUGUUGUGUGUAAUGUGUGAAUGCUGUUUGUAGAAAGCGGGUUGUGAAUAUUAUCGACUGAAAUUGAUGCUCCAACUAAUUAGCAAUCACAGGUCCAUUUAAAAUAUAGACAAAAAAAGAGCACAUUUGAAUUUCCAAGGUAAGUGCUCCUGGCAAAAAGGUACCUGAAGUCAUCUAAUGUGUCUGUUGGCAAAUACGGCCCUGUGGACAGGUAAGAGAACACAAAAGAGAAAGCAAAAUUACAGGGGAGAGAACAUGGAGGGAGUACACAUGGGAACGUACUUCCCCGUUGUAAUAAACCCUUCUUAUUCCUAUCUCCUUUCUAUGCUACCCAAAUACUAUACAACUUUGUCUUCUUAAUUUGUAUCUCCUUAACAGGGUAUCUUGGGCCAAAGCACGCACUAACUUCUUCUCUCAUGGAAUGAACCGGGUGUCCCUGAGUUGUGUGGAACGUGGUAUCUUCUUUGUAAGUCUGGACACAGAAGAAGGAGGACAUAGGGACAACGAUAAGGAUUCUCUAAGUGUCUAUGCCAAAUCCCUGUUACAUGGAAAUUGCUACAACAGGUAAUGUGUUAAUAUGAUUGGUCUCCCCUUGUUUGAAUGUUUAUGUUGGAAUAUAUAUAGCAAAGGCACAUUAAAAAAUACUGAUGCUUGUAAAAAAUGCCAUGUAUACAUUUUAUAUAAGUGUUUUCAGAUAAAGCCUUUAACUGCAACUACUAUUAACGAGACACUCCAGGCUGCAGGUUAUACCUCUCUGAUUUUUAUAUUGUUUGUAGAAGGUAAUACUUAAUAAACAUGCAACAAAACAGACAAAUUGAACACAUACUCUGCCCUUGCAUUCCCUUGCAAAUUACAUCAAACUCAAGGGAAAAUCCAGUAAAGAACCUUAGUUCUGCAACCCUAAUAACAAUGGGGGGGGGAAAAAGGUCCCAACAAGUCAUCACAUCCAUAAUAUAUAAACAAGGUAGUUCACAAGCACUGCAUCUUUGUUUGCUCAAAAAUAGUAACAUGACAUACACAUAAAUAGCAGGCACACCUCAUAGUAAACAGAGCACCAAAAAUAACAAUAUAAUAAGAAAUAGUCAUGUAGAUGUUGAUAAAGCAUCAGGAUAGACGUGAAACACAUAGAGAGCCCUCUUGGGUAAAUAAUCUAUCUUCUCAAGUCCCCCGCCCCCACCUUCCCCAUUCCAGCAGGCACAGGGCUGACUUUCUAUUUUACUUUUUGCAUUGGUGUUAAUUUUUUGGUUUGGACACUAUUUUCUUAUUAUAUUGAUAUUUUUGGAUGCCCUGUUGUUUAUGAGGUGUACCUGCUAUUUAUAUGUCAUAUUAUGAUUUUUGAACAAAUAAGGAUGCACUACUUAUGAACUACCUCAUUUAUACAUUAUGCAUGGCAGUGAGUGUGGAACCUUUGGAGCAAGGUGGUGAAACCUUACAUUCUCUUGUCGAGAGCAAACCACCAGACAGGUCAUUUUCAGCCAUGUAAUGCUGCAAUACUUCAGACAGUGCUGGUUCUCCAAUUGCAUUCAAUGAGAAUGCUAUAGGUAUCCCAUAAACACCUGAUCUAAAAGAUUAUGUGUACUGUGUUACUAGUUUAAUUUUAAAACUUUAAAAGUAUUUAAUAUUCCCAAUGUUGAGUGGAUGUUUAAAUGGACACUAUAGUCACCAGAAUAAUUACAUCUUAAUGUAGUUUUCUGGUGAGUAUAGUCAGUCCCCGUAAAUAUUUUUGUAAUGUAAACACUGCCUUUUCAGAGAAAAGGUACACAGUUGCCUAGGGACACCUCGAGUGGCAGUCCACGUUCUGCAUGGAGAAACUAAAUAUUUCUCACAGAGAUGCACUGAUUCAAUUCAUCUCUAUGAGGUGCUGAUUGGUGCAGAGUGGCAUUUUGCAAGCGCAGUAGCCUACCAAUGCUUCUCUGUGGGAAAUUGGAUUGGCUGAGAUUAUCAAGUUUGAUGAUCACAGCCAUGGAUGCGGAGCAAGUGUGGGGCCAGCUGCAUGGAGACCUGGAAAUAACAUGAGUAAAAUUACCUUUUACUUUACUGACAGGGGGGCUGGGAACCUACACGUAACAUAAAAUAAAUGUAUUAAAAGUCCAAAUGGAGGUCAAUGGACAAAUUAACAUUUGGGAGAAUGACAAAGUCCUUUGUUUUCAACUGCGAGGCAGAUGUGAAGAAAUAUAAUAAAAUGGCUGAUCUUAUGAUGCCUCUACAAAAUGAGAGAGCUGAAUGCAUGCCCUUCACAUAUCUAUUAACUGAAGUGUAAUCUUUUAGAGUUUCUUAAUGUAUUUAUCAACAUUUAUCAAAUUUAUCACAGUCCCCAUUUCUUUUAUCUGUUUCUUGCUUGUUUACUCCUGACUGUUCAUUUUAUGUUCCCUACUUUUAUAACGUUAUAUAUCCAUGUUUUACUAUAUUCAUAUUAGUGCAUGCUCAUGCACUUAAUUUAUUCAUCUUGUGUCUUUGUUCUUGUUCCAGGUGGUUUGAUAAGUCCUUCACUUUGGUUGUGUACAGAAAUGGGAAAUUGGGUCUGAAUGCUGAGCAUUCCUGGGCUGAUGCACCUGUCGUUGGACAUCUAUGGGAGGUAGAUUACUAAAAAAAAGCAACAAAAAAAACCCUUCUUGAUGAAAAUAUGCCUAAACUAAGAUACUGACAUGGAUACUGCAAACAUUGGGUGUGGGCAUUAACCCAUUCUAUAUAACUAUUGUGGAGAUUAUAUUGCCAAUCCCCAGUGAAAACUGCAUGAGUGAACUUCAUGGAUCUUGAGUUCUGCAGAUAUUUUGGAGUUCAUUCAUCCUUGGAGAAACACACAUGUAUAUAGCUUCAGACAUAUAUAGCACGUUCCUUGGGACCUGAUGAAUACAAUACGUAUGUUUCAACUAAUUGACACACACAGAAAAAUAUCACAUACAGGUGAUACUCAAAAAAACUAGAAUAUCGUGCAAAAGUUCAUUUAUUUCAGUAAUGCAAUGUAAAAGGGGAAACUAAUAUAUGAGAUAGAUGUAUUACAUGCAAAGCAAGAUAGUUCAAGCCGUGAUUUGUCAUAAGUGCGAUGAUUAUGGCUUACAACUCAUGAAAACCCCAAAUCCACAAUCUCAGUAAAUUAGAAUAUUACAUGCAAUCAAAAUAAAACAAGGAGUGUACAUAGAACAAUAUCGGACCUCUGAAAAGUAUAAGCAUGCAUAUGGACUCAGUACUUGGUUUGGGCCCCUUUUGCAGCAAUUACAGCCUCAAUGCGGCGUGGCAUGGAAGCUAUCAGCCUGUGGCACUGCUGAGGUGUUAUGGAAGACCAGGAUGCUUCAAUAGCGGCCUUCAGCUCUUCUGCAUUGUUCAGGUCUCUCAUGAGGUCUCUCAUCUUUCUCUUGGCAAUGCCCCAUAGAUUCUCUAUGGGGUUCAGGUCAGGUGAGUUUGCUGGCCAAUCAAGCACAGUAAUCCCACGGUCAUUGAACCAGGCUCUGGUGCUUUUGGCAGUGUGGGCAGGUGCCAAGUCCUGCUGGAAAUUGAAGUCAGCAUCCCCAUAAAACUUGUCUGUGGAAGGAAGCAUGAAGUGCUCCAAAAUCUCCUGGUAGACAGCUGUGUUUACCCUGGACUUAAUGAAGCACAGUGGACCAACACCAGUAGAUGACAUGGCUCCCCAAAUCAACACAGACUGUGGAAACUUUACACUGGACUUCAAGCAUCUUGCAUUGUGUGCCUCUCCAUUCUUCAUCCAGACUCUGGGUCCUUGGUUUCCAAAUGAGAUGCAAAAGUUGCUCUCAUCAGAAAAGAGGACUUUGGACCACCUCCAACUUCCUUCGCAAUUACCUUUUGAGGCUUUCACUCCUUAUGGAGGGUGUCCAGGGCCGGCCUUAGGCCUUUAGGCGCCCUGUGCGAAAAAUCUUCACAGCGCCCCCCCCCUAUCCAUGUAUUAUGUAAUGUUUGUGUUGUCUGUGAUAUGUAUGCUAUGUGUUGGCUGUGUGUGAUAUUUGUAAUGGGUGUAUUAACAGUGUGUGAUAUGCAUGUAUUGGUUGUAUGUGAUAUUUGUGCUGGGUUUAUUGGCUGUGUGUUAUGGUUAUUUAAUUCAGAUAAAAACAUGCAUUUAGGCCUGUGUGUGAAUGCAGGUGUAUAUUUUUGCAGAGUUAUGUGCACACAGUCCCACAGUCAGAUGCACACAGUUAUACAUAUACACUGUCAAAUCCCCCACAUGCACAUAGUCGCAGGCAGUAACACACAUACACCGUUACAGGUAGAUAAACCCACUCACACACAAUUACAGGCAGACAGCCACACACACACACAGGCAGACAGCCACACACACACAGCCACACAUACAGUUUUACACACACACACAGCCACACAUACAGUCUAACACACACAUACUUACAUGCACACUGGCAGACAGCCACACACACAGGCAGCCACACACACACCUACACAGGCAGACAGCCCCACACACACAGACUGCCCCACACACAGAGGCAGACGGCCAUACACACACAGGAAGACAGUCACACAUACACACAGUCACACAGACACACAAACACAGGCAGACAGUCAUAUACACACAGACACACAGGCAGUCAGUCACACACACAUACACAGACACACACAGGCAGACAGUCACACACUCAGACACACACACACACAGACACACACACACAGGCAGACACUCAUACACACACACACACAGACAGACAGACUGUCACACACACAGGCAGACAUUCACACACACACAGACACACAGGCAGUCAGUCACACACACAUACAUACACACACAGGCAGACAGUCAUACACACACACAGACACACACAGGCAGACACUCAUACACACACACACACACACACAGACAGACACACAUACACACACACACACACAGAGGCAGACAGUCAUACACACACACACACACACAGGCAGAAAGGCAGACAGUCUCACACACACACACACACACACACACACAUGCAGACAGUCAUACACACACACACACACAGACAGACAGACACACACACACACACACACAGGCAGACAGUCAUACACACACACACACACACACACACACACACACAGGCAGACAGUCACACACACACAGACACACACAUGGGCAGACAGUCACACGCACACUGACAAUCACACAUAGUUACCUCUGUUCAUUGUGGAGGCAGUGCAGCUCCUGCAGACUGUUUGUUGGGGAAGCAGGGACUCCUUCCUGCUUCCCCUGUAGCAGUAAUCCGGCACCUUUAGCUCCGCCCCGCCACCCGUUUUGCUCCGCCCCGCCACACAUGAAGCUCCGUCCUGCCACAAUUAUUUUUUUUAAAUCCCGGCCGUGUGAGCUGUGCGGCCGCAGAGCGCCCCCUGCUCCAUGGCGCCCUGUGCGGCCGCACAGCUCACACACCCCUAAGGCCAGCCCUGAGGGUGUCAGUGAUGGUUUUCUGCACAACUGUCAGGUCAGCAGUCUUCCCCAUGACUAUAAUUCCUACUGCACCUUACUGAGACACCAUUUAAAGGCUCAGAAACCCUUUACAGGUGUUAUGGGUUACUUAGCUGAUUAGAGUGGGACACUGUGAGCCUAGGUUAUUGAACCUUUUCAAAAUAUUCUAAUUUACUGAGAUGAUGGAUUUGGGGUUUUCAUGAGCUGUAAGCCAUAAUCAUUGCACUUAUGACAAAUCACGGCUUGAACUAUCUUGCUUUGCAUGUAAUGCGUCUAUCUCAUAUAUUAGUUUCCCCUUUUUCGUUGCAUUACUGAAAUAAAUGAACUUUUGCAUGAUGUUUAAAUUUUUUGAGUAUCACCUGUAAAUCCCAUUUAGGUUUUGAUCCCUGAGGGACUGGUUUAUUUCUUAUAUUAACUGUCUUAUCAUGACACAUCUUCAAAUCUUUACUUGAAGACUGAUGUAGAAUCACAACAAGUUUAAAUAAUUAAAAUGAUUGCCAGAAUGUAUGUCUGACACUGCUAUUUGGAAAGAUGAUAAAUUCUUUCAAUCAUAAUAAACAUAAGGUGACGUGUAAUUAAAAGCUUCAGAUGUGAUUGCUAAGAAGGACAUUAAAUGUCACACUAGUCUAUCAGUCUGUAAGGAGCUAUAAUGAACAUUUGAUGGAAUGCCUUUCUCAAUCCACGAUCCACUCUUUUAGACAUUUUAGACAUUUAAACCAUUUCCAAUCAAUGAAAGAUGGCUAACAGAAACAUUUGCAUGCAUAUCAAUCUUUUAAUCUGUGAUAAUGUGUAACCAAUACCAUGUAACCAAUGCCAUGCAUUUAAUAUUUUUUAAUGACUAUCAAUCCAGAAGACAGUUUCAGCAAUCAUUCGAAUCAUUUUGACAUAAACAUUCAUUAUGAACUCAUUGCCAGUUUUAAAUUCAUCGCAAACACAAAAAGGCAGUCCUUCCCCAAAUUGCCAUAUAUUGCGUAGCAGUAUGUACCAAACAGCGCAUGUAGCUGCAGUGGACCUUAUUCAAUAGAAUGUAUGAGUGAAACUGUUUGAAAAGGUAACAGAAACUAGAUAGCCUAUUACAUUAUGUUUUAUCAUUAAAUAAACACGUCAUGAAUGUUGAGCAUAUCACACUAAUCUCUGCAGGGCAGGGAUUUGUAGAUAAUUUGACAGAAUGAUAGGGCCACAGAUGGUUGAUAAUUCACAACAACUACAACAAAAGAUAUGAGAACACUGAGAAUGGACAAAAGCUUAGAGAAACUCCGUAGCUUGCCCUUCGGUAAAUCCCCACUCAGGUCACAAAAUAGUUUUUGCUCACUUGUGCCAUUACAGAGAGAUCAUAAUUUGAAGCAUAUCAGACUGGUCCCACCCAUAAGGGCAAUCCAGAACCGAAAUGCCAGCACGAUCACUCUGCACAAGAGAUAAAGUUACCCAAGAUGAUCGUUUCUGCCUUCUUUGAGCCUUGUCAAUGAGGUGUAGCUGAUAAUCCUCUAGACACAAGUUCUCAACAACUUCUUGAUUUUUAGCAAAAAAAGUGAGGGAUUUUCAGACUGUCAAUACUCUUUCUCUCAUUUUGGUCUAAAAUUGGAGGUAAUCUCCAAGAAGGCUUGUCCCUGUAACUUCUGUCUUCAGCUACCAUGGUCUCUGAGAUUGUGAAUGAGGGAUGUUAUACAUCAAGAGGUAAUGAUCAUCACUUCCUUUUUUUCCCUCAGUUCAUGUUGGCCACUGACUGUUUUGAGCUGGGAUACACUGAGAAUGGGGAUUGCCAUGGUGAUCCUGGCUUGGACCUCCCCCCUCCAUACAGACUACUGUGGGAUAUUCCACCAAUGGUAUGUCUUGAGAAAGUAAUGACAAUGUGUUUAAAAUAAAUUAACAUGUGAUUAUGUUAAGGGGCUCUCUUGACCAGCAUUACUAGAAAGACGAGUGAGCCUAUUUGUUUUCUGCAAUGAUACUUAUUAAAUACUACAGAGAGCAUGUCUAAAAUGGAGAUGCAGGACUAUUUAAUGGUUAAUUUAUGUCUGUUCUAUUUUAUGCUACAAAGAUCUGUACAAAUUGAUAAAAAAAAUUCUAUGGCUUUCUUUGGUGAGCCGCACACAAUUGACCAUACUUUAUAUAUUUUAGAUUUUAGGGUAAUGCCAAUUAAUCACAUGCUUCUCAUGUCAUAGUUAUUAGAAUGAAUGUAAGCUCAUUGAGCAGGGCCCUCCACCCACUCUGUUCCUGUACGUCCAGUUGUCUGGUGACAAUUACGUGUCUGGUAGUCCACCCAUUGUACAGCGCUACGGAAUCUGAUGGUGCUAUAUAAAUAAUAAAAUAAUAAUUAGCAUUCUGUGCUAUUUAUAAUUAUUUUGAACUGAUUAUUUGCUGAUCAAAAUGCAACUCUACACUAAUAAGAGUUUGCAACCCGGAAAAAAAUGCUUUCUUACAUCACUGCUGUUUUUGACAAAGUUUAGAAAAAUCCUUAAUGUAGGCAUUGCAUUAGUAAACAGGACUAUAAAUAGUGGUGUAGAAGGAAGAAAACUACACAAAAGCAAUAACUAGACUCUUGUAAAUAGUUUGCUGGGUGCAUUUCACUAUUGGCAGGUAUAUGUGAACAUUGUUGAAACAAAUGCCUGGUGACGGUUUUAAAUAACCCAGUCAGGCCAAGCUUCCAUAUAAUGAUGCACUGCCCCAGAGGAUCCCCCUACUAAGUUACGAUCUGUAUGGAAAGAUCUCAGGCAAAUGUAAUAGGAGAACAACGUUUUAUACUCCACCAGUAAACAAGGUAAAAGGAAAAUAGUGCGGUUGGUCUCAAAAAGGCUCUCAGCUCAACAAAAGCAGAGUUCAUGGGAGUCUCAAUAUUUCCUAUGUUUUCUGUAAUUUACUACUAUUUUCCAAUGCAUAGAGCUGUUUUUGUAAGCAUUAUUCUGGCCUAGUGUGGACAAAAUAUCGUGCAAUCUCAUUAAAAUAUCACGUUUAUCACAAUUUUUCCCAUAUACUUUUGUUUUACUUGUUUUUGUGUUUAGCUUGUAAGACACGCUUUUUUUCUAACAGUCCAUUCUUUUGUUUACUUUAGCACUAUUAUAUUUGUGCAUUCAUUCUAAAUAUUCACUGUAUUUCAAUUACAUAUUUUUGGUUGAAUGAUUGCUGUCAAUAUAUUUUAUGGUGGGUGUGCUCCUCACUAUGUUUCUAGGUGUAAAUUGUUCAAUAAUAUAAGUAUCCUAUCCUCCAGUGCCGUGAAGUCAUUGAACAGUCUUACCUGACAGCCAAGACGUUAGCGGAUGACGUGGAUUUUGUCUGCGUCCGUUUCACAGACUUUGGAAAAGGUCUGAUCAAAAAAUGCCGGAGUAGUCCUGAUGCUUUCUUCCAGAUAGCACUUCAGCUGGCUCAUUACAGGGUAACGUAACUAACUAAUACAGAUGUGUUUGUUCAUUGCCAUGACUAAGUACAAUUAUUACAUUAAAAAAUUUGCAUAUUUUAAUCAAUAUGUGAGUAUUUCUCUUUCUCCAGUAAUUGUAUCACUUCAUCAUAAUACUAUCAUUAUUAAUUCAAGCUCAGAUGCAAAAAUGUGCAUCUGCAGUUUGUUUCAAAUUCCCUUAACUAUUCUGAGCAUCCAGUACUUUGUCUCUGAAAUAAUAAUUCAUAAUAUUACCUUCCAAUCUUCCAUUCUACAACUCAGCAUGUCUCCUGCUCUGCCCAUACAGGAAAAGGGUCACUUCUGCCUCACGUAUGAGGCAUCCAUGACACGUUUGUUCCGUGAAGGCCGUACAGAGACUGUGAGAGCAUGUACCAAGCAGUCCUGUGACUUUGUGAAAGCUAUGGUGGAUCCUAACGAAACUGUGAGUUCAUAACACUUGGACGUGUUAUUUUGGGUGUUGUUUUUUUUUUUUUUUUGAUAAUUGUUUUAUUUAUGACACUCAAGCGUAUAUUCAUAUUGCUAAUCUGUCAACAAAGGUCAUAUUUCGUUAUCCCACUUUUCUCUCUACCAUAUGUCUUAUAGAAGAAAAAUCGUUUGGUUCUGUAUCGUAAUGCCGCUGACCAUCAUCAGCUCAUGUACCGUUUGGCUAUGACAGGAAAGGGGAUUGACCGCCAUCUCUUCUGUCUAUACAUUGUAUCAAAGUAUCUAGGAACCGAUUCUCCCUUUCUUCAGCAGGUGAAGUUUAAUUUGAGUCAUUGUGAAUUUUAUACAGUACACAACAGAUCUUCCCUCAGCUCAUUUCAUUUAGAAGCCCUUUCUGGCUACCAGCUGCUUCGACAGGGGAAAAUAGAGGACAGUGUGUACGAAUGUAACCAUUCUGCAAGAUCUCACUGAUUGGCCUUUUGUUUCUUCAUAAUUCAUCCAGACACAUUGCAUCAUGGUUGCAAAAGGUCUUAUUUUUCUCUCUGCCAUUUCCUUUUGUCCAUCCUGCACACUAAAAGAGAAUUAUAAAUCUCCUCUUUGAAUACAUGUGAUAUCAUGUAGAUCUUUCAUCUCAGUCUGCUCUCAUUAGAGUGUUGGUGCUAUGUAAAAAUUCUUAUAUUAAGAGAGAUUUAUUAAUUUGUUUAAAAAAGUGUCUUUGUGUCUUGUUCAAAAUAUGUUCCUAUUUUUAGUGUGUUAAGAGUAGUCUAAAAAGAAUAGUAGUCUGAAGAUUUUUGAGACACUACAAUUAUACCCCAUUAACUGAGAAUACUAUGUGAAUAUUUUGUAAGUAUUCAUCAUCUCUUUCUAUGGCAAGAUAAAAUGGUGUUACAGAAGACCUGAAAAGAUGUGUUCAUGGUUGGCAGCACUAGAGCUGUAUGUCUGCUAAUGCCGACUUCUCAAUAUGGUUACACCAGUCAGAGACAUUUUGUGGCACUCCAGAUGUUGUGGACUAAAUGUCCUUUAAUGGUCUUACAGCCAAAAUGCUGGCAAUGCAAGGAGGAGAUGUUACCCACAACAUCUGGAGUGCUGAAGGUUGUCUACACCUGGCUUAGACUACCAUGGUGUUGUUUAAUGCAGGUUGCCUAAAAAGCUCAACUAUUACUGAAUUCUGUAAUUCCAGCAAGCUUGCUGUUUAGUUUGUGCACACAAUGAGCCUGUUUUCUGUUCAGCAAGGUACACUGUAAGCCUGUUUUCUGUUUAUUUUGGGUACACUUAACACCUGAUUUCUGUAUAGCUCAGUUACACUUAAGUGCCAACUUUGGGUUUAGUUCAGUUAUGUUCAAAGCCUGCUUUCUGUAUAAUGCAGGUACUACUGAAGCCUGUUUUUGUUUUAGUGUAUGUACUCUUAAUGCCUGAAUUUUGUAGUGUUCAGGUACUCUGCGUGUUUAGGACAGGUACUCAUUAAAGCCCACGUUCUAUUAAAGCAAGCAUUCUCACAGUUUUUUUUAGCUUGAGUACUGUGUGAGCCUUUGUGCUGCUUGCUGUUUAGUGUAAGUGUGCUCUCAACAUUCUUUCUGUGUUUCGCAGGUACUUUCUGAACCCUGGCGUCUCUCUACGUCACAGACUCCACAGCAGCAGUUAAAGCUAUUUGAUUUGGAGAAGUUUCCAGAUCAUGUCUCCGCAGGUGGUGGCUUUGGACCAGUAAGCAACAUAUUUAAUUUUGGGGAAUGAGAAAAGGGGAACAAAGAGAAGACAAACUCAAAUGCAUUGUUGCAAUUAUAAUUAUUGAAAGGAACAAUUAAUAUAUUUCAAACGGAAGGCCAGUGUAGGUACUGUAGGAGAAAAAGUGUUGAGGAAAACUGGUAAAAAACCACAAUAUAUGAAUAUGAAGCCAAAAACCUAUCAAACGCACUUAAGUUGUGUUGAUGCCUAGAGUGUUACUUUUUAAGCAGCAACCUAUACUUACCUGAAUGCAAUCUGUUUCUCUUCCAUAUACCUAAUCUAUUCUUCUCUUAUUGUUUUCAACCUAUUCCUCCUAAAAUAGGGACUGCCUUAUUCAUUUUUUCCGACUGACAAUUGAAAUGUAGAGCUACGUUUGUCACAUUAGUUUUGUCAGUUCCCUCAGCCAUUGCUAAUAAGAGCUGUGGGAGCAAGGCAUUGUCUUGUCCAUCACUAGACAAUAUCUAUAGAGGCUUUUGCAGUUUUUUGGGAUCCUACUUGGACCUCACUGCUGUAUUUUUGCACAUGCAUGAGAGUACAGCAGUAAUGUAGGCUCCUGGCAGAUAAAGCACCAGGAGCUGAAGAAGAGCCUCGGUCACAGGGGACAGCUUGAGGUAAAUAAAACUCAUUGUCCCCUGAACACCACAGCUACCAGACACCAAAUGGUAUAUUAUGCCAACAUUCAGGUAACUGAGACACUUUAAGUUCAAUCAAACCUUACCCAUCCUUCUCGGCCUUUGCAAAAUGGUGGAGCUGCAGUUUUAAUCCUCAGCUAUGUGUGAACCUUGACACUAACCUCUUAAUAAGAUUGUACUUGCAUGAAAUGGAAAAACUCCCAUUAGCUUCAAUCACACCAUAAUAUCUGUCAAUAUGGGCCAUUGUGUGUGCCAUUUAUCACUUUGUCUCUCUUUUUUUUAGGUAGCUGAUGAUGGUUAUGGUGUUUCUUACAUCUUUGCAGGAGAAAAUCUCAUCACACUUCAUAUUUCCAGCAAGAUGUCCAGUCCAGAAACGGUGAGUUGAGUAAAUAAUAGUGAGAGAAGAAUGAUAACAAAAUGGUAAUAGUAUGGAUUGGAAAGCAGAACAGUUAGACUAAUGGAGAGAUGAAUUGAGAACUUCCAAAAAGCACGAGUGAAAAUUAGCCUUAAAGUAUUUAUACUUACCUCUCCUUCCAUGCUCUCAGUGCACACUGGUAAGUGAUCCCAACUUAGUCUUCCCAUGCUCUACUUCCAUAUCCUUUAAUAGUCCUUUAUUAGUACAAAGCCCAAAUUCUGGCCCACACAUCCUGUAGAUCUCAGGCACAAAAACUAUUGACUUAUUAUUCUCCUUCAACACUAACUUUUAGCUCAUAUCAGCUUUCAUCUCUAGACUGUGAGUUCAUUUGAGCAGGACCCCUAUCUACCUAUUGUUGCUGUAUCACUGUGUAAUUGUUUCAUUUAUUGUAAAUUUUCCCCUCUUUCAUAAUAUUGUAAAGCGCAAUGGAAUUAGUUGGCACUAUAUAACUACCAAUAAUAAUAAUAUCCAUCAUUAAUACCUGUCUAAAGACAAGAAGGACAUCUCUUUGAAGGUGCCUAUUUUUAUGUAUGCAGAGCAUGACCAAUGAUGAUGUGCAAAUUAUAAUCUGCAUUCAACUCUGCACAUUUAGGACUGAAAGUUUUACAAUAUUAUAAUAGAUGUUGAUGUAGCAUUAGCUGUGUAUCUUGAACCAUUGUAAAGGAAAGCAUACACAUGUGAAAACUGCAGUUUUAGCCCUGAAAUGUAAAACAAUGCAAGUUUUGUAGAAACUGCAAUGUUUGGAUUGCAGGGUUAAACACACCUCUAGUGACAGCCACUAGAGGCACUUCCGCUACAAUAACCGGGUAAAACUCGUUCAUGCAACCUGUAGCAGAGCUCCACUACCCUGACUGGGUAUCUCCGCUGGAUUCACCUCAUAGCUGAAAGAAGCGUUGGUCAGUGAUUAUAACCCUUUCUCCCAGUAACUAGACAGCACGUAGUUCUGGGAGUACAAUUGUUUAUUAGGAAAAGCACAGUCUUUUAUAUAUGGACCCCCAGCAUGGGGUGCCUAUUCAACCCAGAGUAAGCCCGUUCCUCUGUGUCUGGAAGAUAAUUGAAUUGGCCCUUGCUUAAGCUAAUUAUCUCCCAGAUACAUAGGACAUAACAUAAAAUACCCCAAAAAACAAACAAACAAACAAAAGGGAGCGCCCCUUGGCUUUCAGAGAGUGAUCGAUACAUUUAGUCCAUAGUACCUCCCCUCCAAAUAGUGCUCUCCUGGCAGGUCGGGAAGUUGGGUAAAACAUAGGGGUAAGUUGACCAGGAAUAGGACAUGGAUGUGGCCGAGCCAGAGUUCCACGUAUUUUGGUGCUAGGUCCUACUGGGGAUCAUUUGGCUCUCUGGAACCGAAUGCCUACCAGGAUAGAGGUGCUUUCGGGUGUUUAGCAUGGAGGCGGUUGAGCACUGAACCAGGGGUAGUGGUAUUGCUCCUUCAGGGAUAAUUGGGGUUAAAAUAGUAUAUGGUUUGCCACAUGACCAAAUGCAGCUCAUAUAAAAACAUUGGAUUCAAUGAUUUCCUAUGAGAAGCAUUUGGAUGCAUGCUUGGUGAGGAGCAUUGGAUUGGACCAUUGGUUCAAGGGCCAGGUGACGUCUCGCGAGGAGGUGUUGGAGGUCGUACUGAGGGAGUCUCUUAUUAUGUCAGUUGCUAAACCAUUUGUAACCCAGCUGCCACAUUAAAAUGGCAUAUUGGGGUCGAUAUGACUCAAACAUUAGUACAAUGGAAGUUUUAUAGCUUCCCCAUCCCCAUAUUCACCGUGUCUGUGUGCGCACACACACACGCACACACAUACAUGAGUAUAGAUAAAUAUAAGAGUAGUGACUGGACAGUUAGUGUGGGCUGCGUUUGAGGGCUUCAAUUUAAAGAAUGGGGGAGAUGGACAGAUCACUCUCAUCCCCCUGUGAAGAACGAUUGAGCUUUAAAUACAAUGAUGAAGGAGGGGGACAAUAAAAAAUGGGGUGGGGGGGUUAUAGUGUCCCCCCCUCAGGCCAACAGUUGGGGGCUGCAAUUGCAAUAAAUGUGGGGUUGACUCUGUAUGUGGGGGGGGGGGGGCAGCCUCUAUCUGUGCUUAGCAUGUGGGGGCUAUAACUAAUCUAUAGGCUGCCCUCCCCCCACAUGCCUCACUCCCAUAAUCUAUAGGCUGCACCCCACAUGCCUCACUCCCCUAAUUUAUAGGCUGCCCCCCAUGCCUCACUCCCCUAAUCUAUAGGCUGCCCCCCAUGCCUCACUCCCCUAAUCUAUAGGCUGCCCCCCAUGCCUCACUCCCCUACUCUAUGGGCUGCCCCCAUGCCUCACUCCCCUAAUCUAUAGGUUGCCCCCCACAUGCCUCACUCCCCUAACCUAUAGGUUGCCCCCCCAUGCCUCAUUCUCAUUCCCCUAAUCUAUAGGCUGCCCCCUCACUCCCUAAUCUAUAGGCUGCCCCCCAUCACUCCCUUAAUCUAUAGGCUGCCCCCCACAUGCCUCACUCCCUAAUCUAUAGGCUGCCCCCAUGCCUCACUCCCCUAAUCUAUAGGCUGCCCCCAUGCCUCACUCCCUAAUCUAUAGGCUGCCCCCAUGCCUCACUCCCCUACUCUAUAGGCUGCCCCCAUGCCUCACUCCCCUAAUCUAUAGGCUAUCUCAAACCCUCCCCCCCAUCCCUCACUUACCUGAUCUGUAGGCAGUCUCUGGCUGCAUGUGCCCCUCCUUGCCCCCCCUGCGGACGCCCAUGCUCUAGUCACACCCAACAAUAGAAUGGAGAAGUUUAAACCUCAAAUGUUUUAGAAAGGCCCAGUGUGGCAGUAUACCCUCCUGAGGAUGGGUUACUACCACCUGUGGUUUCCCCCUUCCUAGUUGUACCCAGCCGUAGAGUAAUUAUAGCUGCGAGCCAGUGAUUAUAGUCACUUGCAGAAGGGCAAUUGUGGUACCAGUCGAGACUUAGUGAAGGGUGAAAAAGAACGGUUUAUUUCAGGCAAGAUACACUGUAUUUAUGCACAGACCCCCAACAGGGGGUCUCCAUUCAAAGUAACAUGAAAACAUAAGUCCAGCCAGGGGUCACUGUGUCUAAGAGAUAAUAGUGGCUCCUGGACACAGGAAGCCAAACACACCAAAUUCACAAAAAUACACACAAUACAGUAAUGCACCUGCACAUGUCAUACAUCCCCAAAUAGCUCCUGGUUCCAGCUAUGAUCCCUGCAAAUUGCAGAGCUAUCAGAUGUACAGAGCACGUGAAAUUGUCAUACAAAAGUCUGGGCUUGAGGCUCUGUACAUACCCGAAAAUAGCUCCAUAGAAUCACUUGGUUUAGGCCAGUGGAUACAAAAUUUCACGCUUUAAACAUGCGUGACCAAUCAGCACUCGGGGAGGGGAGGAGUUUGUGUCUAAGCCCUUUAACUCGUGCCGGCCAAUCGGGGGAGAUAGGGCGCAAACCAGAUUGAAUGGUGGCUCCUUCACCUGUUGGUCAGCAUGUACUUCCAGGAGGCCAGUGAGACCCUGCAGAUGUCAAGCCGACUCAUAGCUCGAGGGGGCUUGUGUCUCUCUCCUGUGGAUAUCUCCAAGUAGGUAGCACCGGCAUGGGAGUCCACAGGAAUUUUUCCAGGGGUGGGCAUAAUUGUAAUGACAUCCAUGCUUGGCCCCUUUUUGACAGUGUCAUGAAAGGGAAGGAGCAUAGUCAUUUUCACAUAAAGCCAGGGUGAAUAGCGUUUUCACAACUAUGGUGUCAGGAAUAUAUGUUUGUAUUCCUGACACUAUAGUGUUCCUUUAAUCAAAUUAAAGGAACAUUCUGGUCACCGUAACAACUUCAACUAAAUGUAAAUGCUAUGAUGCAAGGAGGCCCCUGGGCACUUUCUUUCCUUUAAGGGGUGAAACCACUCUCAAAUGGUUUACCCCCAAAGGCUUCCUCCAGCUCCAGAUCUCCAGGUCGCUCAGUGGUAUUCAGCUUCUUAAACCGAGUGUCAGGAAGUGCAGAUUGACGCCAGGCAUGGGUGCCGCUGAUUGGCUAGAGUGGUCAGCUGACGCUCUAAGCCAAUCGCUAGUUCCCGAUUCAUAAAAAUGUUUUACGUUUUCAUGAAUGGGGAGCUACUGAUUGGCUUUGAGUGCCAGCUGACCCUUUAGCCAAUCAGCGGCACCCCUACCCAGCGGCCCUCUGUGUUUCCUGACACUCAGUAAAUUAAAGUGAACACAUUAAGACUGAUAUUUUUUUUUUACCUGGGGAGAUGAGAAGGUAAAAGGUUUCCCUGCCAGGCCCAGGUACCAAAGCCUUAUGAUGUGGUGCCCAGAAUAAAGUGCUCCAAUCUCAUUUCUUCUCCUUCAUUUGACACAGUCUUCUUUUUCUUCUGAGGCUCCUUCUGCAGAGGCAGCUCUAGACUUUAUGAGGCCUUAGGCGAAACUCACCAUGAGGCCCCACUAAUAAAAAAGUGGAAAAAAAAUAGAGUUGCAAUACAUGCACAGUUUACCUGUGUAUGUGCCUGAGAGUGUGUCUGACAGAGAGUAUCUGUGUGUGUGUAUGUGAAUGUAUGUCUCUGUGAGCAUGUUUGCAUUUUUGUCUGGUACCCUAUGUGUAUGGGGUAGCUGCUUGAAGAGGGGGGUGAUGGUGAGAGGGAGAGGCGGUUGAUGGUGAGUGGGAGAGGCGGGUGAUGGUGAGAGGGGGUGUGAUGGUGAGUGGGCAUAAUGCUGAUAGAGGGGGUGAUGGUGAUGGGGAGGGUAAUGCUGCUGAGGGAGGGGGUGAUGGGGUAAUGCUGUGGGUGGUGAGGUGGGGUGAUGCUAAGGGAGGGAGUGGGGGGGUAAUCCUGAGGGUGGUCGGGGUGAUAGGUGAUGGUGGUCGGGGGUGAUAGGUGAGGGUGGUCGGGGGUGAUAGGAAGGGGUGAUGGUGAGGGAGGUAAUGCUGAGGGUGGUGUGGGGGUGAUGCUGAGGAUGGUGAGGGGGUGAUAGUGAGGGGGUGAUGCUGAGGGAGGGGGGUAAUGCUGAGGAAAUAGUGAGGGGGUGAUGCUGAGGGGGGUGAGGGGAGGUGAUAGUGAGGAGGGGUGAUGCUGAGGGGGAGAGGUGAGGUGGGGUGAUGCUGAGGGUGGUGAGGGUGAUGCUUGUGGGAUAGAGGUGUAGCAAAUUACCUUGCUAAGAAUCAUACUAAAACAUAGUCAAUAGCUAAGGUUGCUGCUCCAAAUCAGUCUCUUUAAGGGAAUCCAUUGAAUAGUCAAAAUAAAAAUCUAGAAACAUUUGUAACCCGUUAAGGACCAAACUUCUGGACUAAAAGGGAAUCAUGACGUCACACAUGUCAUGUGUCCUUAAGGGGUUAAAAUAAAAUCAAAUAUGUAGUUUGUAUUUAUGGGUCUGUAGUAUUCAUUCAGGUACAAGAACAAAACACAAAACGCAUUUUAGAGGAUAUGUUCCCUUUAAUAAUCGGGUAUACCCUAUAAAAUAUUGCACCACAAAUUAUUUUGUUCUAAUCAAAGUUAAUUUCUCAUGUAUCAGUGUUCAUUGAUUCUGGAUCUUCAUGUGCAAAGCAUCUUCAUCGACUUCAGAAGACUGAAAUGCUGCACAGAUAGGGGAUUUGUGUUCUAGUCAUCCUCAUGUUACUUUAGCUCUUGACCUGGCUUCUAGGUUAUUUCAUAUGCUGCAGGAGUUGGAGAGAUCUGGAGCAGAUGAGAAGCAGGUGGAGUCAGUUGCUUUGCUCUACAAAGGCUGUGCCACCAUAUUGGAGAAAGGAUAGCAUGCUGCAAAUUACACAAACAUCUACCUAAUGCUAAGCUAUUAAGAGAACACUCCGAGCACCAUAACAACUUCAUUGAACUUCAGUUGUUAUGGAGCGAUGAAGUCCCCGGGCGCCAGCGUACGUUACGGGGGUUAAACUGUUACUGAUAAACAGUUUAACCCCAAAGUGUUGAAUCCAGCGCCUGAUCUGCCCACAAACAUCCUCCACAGUGCAAGUCUUGAAGCAGGAAGCCUUAGACUGGGGCAUCGCUGGUAGGCUGAAAGCAAUCAGCUAAUGCUCUUAGCCUAACAGUAGGUCUCCAUUCAAAAAAAUGGCUUGAGAAAUUUACAUACAUUUCUUAAAAUGUUUUGUGAAUGGGGAGCUACUCGUAGGUAGAAAGUGUCAUCUAGCUCUCUCAGCAGCGCCCUGGUCCAAAGCUUUUUGAUUCAAUCCUCAAUGGUGGAUGUUCGUGGGCAGAUCAAUCGGGUGCCUGAUAGAGGUGAAAACACUUUGAGGUUAACUGAUUCAAUCAGAUGAAGUUGUUAUGGUGCCUGGAGUAACCCUUUAAGGACAACUGUCAUUUCCCCAAGCUAUAAAUAUUGUGUUUACUUAUAUUUAGCAUAUAUAUGUUUGUGAGGUCGAAAAUAUCAAUUAAAAGUAGAAAUCUAUAACACCAAACUGAAGUGGCCCUAUACAGAGCAUUACUGAAUUUCUCAAAUAUAGGAGUAAAUGCCCAGGGAUUCGUGCCUACUGCAGAAUGAGAGCAUUUUAACAUGAGCUGUUUUUGUACUAUGAAGCCAAAAUCAUCAGAAAAAAAAAUACCUGGUAUGGCAGGUCAUGGGUUACUUAUGGACUGCCCAGCCAAAUUUAGAAUUCUGAAUGGUCCUUCUCCAUGUUGCACAUGCAACAAUUAUGCAUGUUUAUUUACCAUCUCCUGUAUUUAACUACCAUGUAUAAACAUUAGGAAUCUAAUGGCAGAUAUAAACUACUUAACUUUUAGAAUUUGACAUUAUUUCUACAUUGGACACGGUGAACAUAUCUCUCUUCAUUUGUAAGCCCCUUUAUAAAAUUAACAAACUGAACAUAGGGCCAUGGCAGUCUACAGCAGGAAUGGAAUCCCCACAUCACCCUCACUUGUGAUGCAUCUCCAAUCCCACCAUAUGGUGGCCUCCAUUUGCAGACCAAGUAUUGCCCUAUCGGUAUUGACAGCGCAUGUGCCUUUAAAAUUUUCUUUUUGCACAUUAUCCUUAGAAUACCGUUAUUCAGGUUCAUGUGUACAGAUUUUUUGUUUGUUGGGCAUUAUCAUUGUAUAAGAUGUGUCUGACUUUUUUUUUUUCCCCUUCCCAGAAUUCUCACCGUUUUGGGCAGCGGAUCUGCCAGUCCAUGCGUGAUCUGGCCCAGCUUCUUACUGACCCUCUCCGGGGCUGACGUUCCUUCCCACUUACUGCUGGGAGAUCAUAUGAUUCAUCACACGAAAAUUUUACUUUCUGUGCACUCAAAGCGUGAUAUACUUGUCAUACACUGUAAUCAUAAAUGUUUAUUGUCUACUGAAUGAUGACAAUGGGAUCCUUUUGACAAACAAUGACAUAGGAAAACCACCCACACACACUUUUUCUAGUUUUUUUUUCUCCCUGAGUAUGAAUGUUUGUGAAUAAUAUAAUACAUUGUUAUGAAGACACCCACACAUCAAUUCACCCACACAUAUUUACAAUCCAACCCCAACCCCAGUUACCAUACUGAUCAAUGAAAACCAAUUAUUCUGUAAGAGUGAUUUAUUCAGAAUUCCACAGUUCGGAUUGAUAAAUAUUCGCCCCAUCUGUCUGCUGUCUCCCUGGGAUGUACGAAGCUCUUACGGUUUGUAUUUACACACAAAGUGGUUUUCCAUCUUGCAUGGAGCAUCAUUCCACUUUAGAAACUCUGAACAAAAAAAGAAUUACAAUAAAAUGAACGAGUCUCUCUUUCCAUAUUUGCAAUUGGCUAGAUACAAUUUUCACUAUGCACAUAGUUACAUAGUUACAUAGCUGAAAAGAGACUUGCGUCCAUCAAGUUCAGCCUUCCUCACAUUUGUUUUUUGCUGUUGAUCCAAAAGAAGGCAAAAAAAACAGUUUGAAGCACAAUUUUGCAACAAGCUAGGAAAAAAAUUCCUUCUUGACCCCAGAAUGGCAGUCAGAUUUAUCCUUGGAUCAAGCAGUUAUUACCCUACAUUGAAAGAUUAUAUCCUUGAAUAUUCUGUUAUUGCAAGUAUGCAUCUAGUAGCCGUUUGAACGUCUGUAUGGACUCUGAUGAAACCACUUCUUCAGGCAGAGAAUUCCACAUCCUGAUUGUUCUUACAGUAAAAAAACCUUUCCUUUGCCUUAGACGAAAUCUUCUUUCUCCAAGUCUAAACGCAUGGCCUCGUGUCCUAUGUAAAGUCCGGUUUGUGAAUAGAUUUCCACACAAUGGUUUGUAUUGGCCCCCGAAUAUAUUUGUAUAACGUUAUCAUAUCCCCUCUCUGUUAUUAAGCUGAUAGUGACUACAUACACAGGGAAUUGUAUAUCUGAAGUACUUUAUACUCACUGGAUCCUAUAAGCAACUCUACACAAUACUCCACGUUCCCUUGGUUAUUGGGUUCUCCAUUUUGCCAAGCCCUAAAGUUGUACAUAGAGCCAUCAUUCCACUUCCAACGCCGGUUCUAAGGAGAAAAAAAAAAAAAGAAGUAAAGAAUAAUGUAGCUGUCAGAGUCCGCUCAUGAUAUAUAAGUGGCAGUGGGCUAUAGCCAAGACCAGGUUUACAUCUUAAUUCCAUUAAUCAAUAUAUUAUGUUCUUUGUUGAUUGGUCCUUGAUUUGAAGGACACAUAAGUGAUUCAGGAAGUACAUUUCUUUAUUCAUCUCUUUAUGAAAAUUAUUAAAAGGAAAUGAGUUACUAUAUAGAAAAAAAGAAAAUGCAUAAAAAAAGUGUACUUAAAAAUGAAAAUUCUAAUUUGUGUGCAUGACGAG